AUGGCAGGGGCCAAGCGAAAAAGGAAAAAUGCCAUCUGGAGAAAGAUCCAUGCACUUCGCUACGAAGACUUCAAACUGUGGUGUGUAAGGAGGCUCCCUGUUCUGGAGUGGGCACCAAACUACAACUGGAAAGCAGACCUGCUUCCUGACACAAUUUCUGGGAUGAUGCUGGCUGUUCAGCAGGUGACUCAAGGUACUGUGCUGGAAACGGGCUCCGAUAGCUGUUUAGCGUACAGGUUGAACUGCUCAAGCCUGUGCUUGUCUCCUACCAGAACUGAUUUUCCCCAUCCCCUUUCCUUAUCCUUGACCCAUUCGGUGUAACUUACAGCGGACGCCUACGUGUGUUUACGUGGAAGUAAAUUCCGCUGUGCUCGAGGGGGCUUGCUCGCAGAUUAAAUGUGCCUUAACCUUGCUGAAAUCAAUGGGCAUUUCUCCCCUUGAACAUGCAAGCACACAACAAUAGUAAUAUAUGUUUGGCAGCGUUUUUGUGUGUGCAUGCAGAUACAGCAUAUAAAUUGGGUGCCAUCCGACGGCAUAUAUAAGAGCGAUUCUUGCUCGUCUCCUUUAAAAAAUAAUUAUACCUGUGCAGAGAGGUUUACUGCUACUCACAGCAGAACCCUUUAAUUAUGAAGUGAAAUUCACAGUACAGAUCUAUGCAUGCUGAUGUAGACGUACAUCCCACUCUGUUCAGUGGGAUGUAUAGUAGGAUUGUAGCAUAAACCCUUUACUAAUCUAUCUGCUUUUACCCUCCUUUGUUGGUUGUUACUGUGCUUUAUUGCACAAUGUUUGCAAUGAGAACAACACACUUAUACUGACCUACCUUACAGCGUUCUUGUGAGAAUUACUGCUUACCAAGAUAGUGGUUGUGAAGUAUUUUGAAUGCCAUAAACUGAAACGUAAAUGCUAAGUGUUAUUAUAAUUAUUCUAUGAAAAUCUAGCAAUUCACCUUGAAAGUAGCAUCUUUCUCUUCCCCUGCUCAUAUGAGAGAAACAGUGAAGAGACAGACAAACAUUAGCAUUACCCCCUAGUGUUACCUGCCACUUCCUUGACAGCAACAGCCAACAAGCCACAAAGUUUAGCACAUAAAAUAGUACCUUGUUACAUGUUUAUCACGAUAGCCCAAAUUGUGGCCUUUCGCAGGCAUGUUUGUCUUCUAAGAUGUACUGUAAAUUGCCAUUGAAAGCUGUAAUAAAAAUCAGGGGGGAGCUCCACUUUAGUUUGGUUGCCAUAGGUGCGCAGAAAUCUCCCCCUGGCUGAUACCUGGGGGGGGGGGGGAACAGAUGUGAAAAGUACAAAACUGCUUAAAUAGUUUUUGGAGAAAUUAAGGUUUCUGUCAUGUUAUAUAUGACAUUUCAGAAAAAUCCUCCAUUCAGUGUAUUGUGAAAACAGCUGAAAGAUCAUUCAGAGGCAAACAUUUUGUGAUAGCUGUUCUUUUACAGAUUCCCUAACAGCUAGCCUUAGUCCUCAUUCAUGCAUUGAAAAUUAUAAGUGCUCCUUUAAUUGAAUUAUUCUGCAGCUGGAACCAACCGGUUUGUGUAAGUAUUUAUGCUUUUGGAGUAAUUAGGAACAUCUGCACUGGCAUGAUUUAACUUUAAAGACCUUAAUACUGUAGUACUGUAAAGGAUCUUGUUUCACUGGUAUACUCAUAGACAACAAUUGCAAUUAAAACACAGCUAACAAUGGUAUGUUUGAAGCCAACCAAAAUAUUGAAUUAAGAGGCAGGCAAGAGUAGGUAGUACUUUUCUCCAGCCUUCUUUUUUGGAUUUCCACAAAAGAGUUCUUGGACUUUAUUGGCUACAGCUUAGAAUACGCAGGUGAUGUUAAAGAAAACUACUAUUUCCAUUACAUAAGAAGCUGCCUUUACAUCAGGUGAGACCAUUGAUCCAAUGAGCCCAAUAUUUUCCCUGUCAUCAGUGGCUCCCCAAGGACUCAGACAGAGGACUUUCCCCCAUCACCUGCUAUCCUGUCCAUCAUAUCUAAUAUAGUGGAGAUGCCAGAGAUCUUCUGCGUGUAAAAUAGGUGCUCUGCCAUGAAGCUAUGGCCUUGAUUAUUUUAAUAAAACAAAUAUAAGAACAUAAGAAAAACCCACUAGAUUAUACCGAAGAUCUGUCCUGUGCAUUAUUCUCUUUCCACCAGAGGCCAUCAGAUGCUCACGAAGAGUUUACAAGCAGGGGAUGAAGGUAACGGCAUUCUCUAGUCUUUGAGUCUCAGCACCUGUGAAUGCAAAGGUAUUCUAUUUUGGAGCAUAGUGAUUCUUCCUGGCUGUUAUUGCUAAUGUAAGGUUACCAGAUUUUUUUUCAAUGAAUCAAGCGACACUUUUCAACCUCAAUUGAUUUUGUAUGUGGACUGAUUUGUAAAUCCAGGGACUGUCCCCGGGAAACGGGGACAUCUGGUAACCUUAUGCUAAUAGUACUGAUAGAUCUCAUUGAAUUUGGCUAACUUCUUUUAAAGCUGCCUAAGCUAAUGGUUGCCAGCAUAGUAUUUCAUUUAGACUUCUAUAAACUUAGUACAGUAGCAUUCUCUAGCUCAGGACGUUGUUGGACUCCAACUGUCGUCAGCCUCAGCCAGCAUGGCCAGUGGUCAAGGAGGAUGGGAGUCUGUGUGUGUGUGUGUGUGUGUGUGUGUGUGUGUAUCUAUAUAUUUAUAUAUAUUCAUUCUCACCCAGUCUAUUAUUGGCCCCACUUCUGCUUGUAGCAUGGGGGCCAUUGCAGUGUGGCUGCUUUCUGUGCCAAUCAGAAUGUCAGAAGCCCUAGGUCAUGUAGCAAAACCCCAUGUUGUCGUAGUUUACAGGAUAACAUAGCAUUGGGGUACCCAAAUCUAGCUUUUCCUAUGUGGCUAGGAGCUUCCAAUGAUAUCAUCAUGAUGUAGAAAGGAACCGCAGGAAAUCAUGAGGAUCAUACAAGAGGGCGAGGCUUUAAUAUAAAGCAGAUUCCAAUUAAGCUUCCAUUUAAAGGAGAUUCUACAAUUCCCUAGGCAACUUAUUCCAUUGGUAACUGUUCUCUGAGAAGGAAUCACUCUCUUGGUAUCUGCAGCCUACAUCUGCUUUGAUAUUUGCUUGAAUCCACAGAAUAAAUGGCUGUCUGAGCCAUGGAAUUAUUCUGUUAACCAAACAGGUUUUGCCCAAGUGUUUCCUUCCACCUUUUGACUUCGGAUCAUUACCUUUAAGGAAUGUUCAGAUGCCAUUCUGUCAAGCUUUACAGUUCAUUCUGCCCUGGCACAGGAUGAUUUUGUUCUUUAAAAACUUGUGCAAUAUCUAAAUGCUAAUGAGAGAUUUGAUUCAAAAAGUUGAGAGGGGGACAGAAUCAGAUAGCAUGGAUAUUAAUCCCAUAGCAGACACACACAAAGAAGGGAUGUCAAACUGGAGUCUAAACUCUUCAUUCAGAAGAUGUCCAAGGGCUGCUCUCAGUUUUCAGUAUUUGAUUUGUGGUGUGGGAUGCAAUAAAAGGACCCGUAGUUAAUUGCUAAGUACACUCGUUACCAUCCAAUCCCAAUGUGCAAAAAAACUUUCAUCAAUACUGCUGCUGCUCCUAAUCACCAGUUUCCACCCAGACCUUAAGACCUCCUUGCAAUUCUAAGUCCCCUGUCAUUUAGAGUGCUUCCAUCCUGCAGUUUAUUAUGGACUCUGCACUGUUUUGCAUGCAAGUUUUGCUCAGCAUCCAUAGAACGUUGUCUUCAUCAAAACGCUGCCCUGUGUUAUUUUCCUAUUUAACCAUGAUUUACGCGGAAAAUCUGAUAAGAAAGCAAAACCUAUGAAAAUGGUCUGGAUUAAAUGAGGAGAUGUUGUAGGAUAUCAUUUUGAUGAGGAUGGCAUUGUGUGAACACGGCAACAAAAUUGAAUGUUUGAGCAGCACCAAAACUGCCAUGUGGAAGUGCCAUUAAGCCCACGUACCACCGCUUGCCCUCCAAAAUCCUCUUAUACUCCAAAGCAGCUAUCUUCACCAGUCAUGCCACCUAAACAUCUCCUCCAUUGGCUACAGACAACCGCUUCCUAUCUCUUUUGGCUUCGUGUCAGCAUAUAGCCAAUCAUGCACUCUCUAUCCUUUUUGAUGCUUGUGCUGCUAAUAUAAAAGGAUGGCAAAGAGUUUGAUGUUUAAGAUAUUGUAGUAAUGGGUGCUAUUGGUAGGCUAAUCCUUCUGCUUCCUAGCUAUUCAGAUGGGUCAGUAAUUUAUGUGGAGUAAGCUAAGAGUGCCAUAGAAACUUUGAAGGCAGGAGGUUUACAGUCCAGCCUGGAGGUGUGAAACCUCAGGCCAGGGGUCGAAUGCAGUCCUCCAGGCUCUCACUCUGGCCUUUGGAAAUUUCUUCAGCUCACACCCUUCACAGGUUCUGUUUCACACCCCAGAUAUUUUUGCCGUGGCUAGAAUAUGUUCUUGAGCCCUGCUAAUGCCUGUUGCUUGUCUGAAUGGAGAAUAGAGAGGAGUGUGAGAAUGUAGAAAUGUCAGAGGUGAGCCAGCAGUACAUCACACUGUUCAAGUUGGAAUUAACUCUUUAUUAGCAAAAACCUGAUCCACACAGGAGUGUCAAGCCUAAUGAACAGAGCAACUCAUCACUGGUUGGCCUUGUCCCCAUGAAGCAGUUGCUUAGCAGCCCAGUGAGAUGUGUGGGGUAUAAGUAGUUAAUAAUAAUAAUAAUAAUAAUAAUAAUAAUAAUAAUAAUGGUAUCCGCCUUCUCAUAGCUGCCUAAGUCCCCUCCUCUCUGGGGUUUCCCCCCCAAGCAAUCAGAGACUGCGUCUGCACGUCACCAAUCCCUCCUCCACCCCUUUCAAGCCCUUCCUGGUCCUGGGAGACCAGAGGGGAGGGGAGCUUGUCACAGCAGGAGGGGGAGACACUUGUGGCUCUUCACCAACCUGACUCAUCUCUGCCUCUUGACCUCUCUCCUCCUCUGCUUCAGCUUCUGCCUCUGAUUCCAGACUUCUCUCUGCCACAGACUCUCACAGCUCACUGAGCCCUGUUACCACUUCAGCUUCUGACACCUCCUCUUCCCUAUUCUCCCUCUCACCACUCAUUGUCAUCCCACCACCACUCCCUGGGCUCUGAGCCUUCUUCCCUUGGGUGUUCCCCAGCCGGUUCCUUCCACCUUUCCUCUGCACCCAACCAGUCCAUGUCAAGAAACUAGCCUACUGUACAAAGACAAAAUUUACAUUUGUUGCUCUGGCCAAGCCCAUGACUGGCACAUGGCCCUUGGAAGAUGGACCAGAAAGAAAUGUGGUCCUUGAACUGAAAAGGUUCCCUACCCCUACUCUUUCUGAUGCUCGUAUGGCUCAUGCCUCUCAAUCUACCCGUACGCCUUGCCUGCACCAAAGGGUUCAUUGAAUUUAGAACCAAUUCAGAGAGCCACAUUGUUAAAGUGAUCACAUGGUAGUACAUUUAUGGGUCCAGCUGUGGCAGAACUACUUGAGGAUUGGUCAGAAUGUGGGGGAAUUCAGUCAUUGAUGUGGAUGAAUAAGUGACAGCUUACCUGUACUGAAUUUAAAUUUAUUAGCCAUUACCCAUUCCUCAUUCCUGCUUCAUUGGGGUCGUACGUGAACAUCUGAAAUGGUGCAAUUCUCAAAGGAAUGCCAUAUUUGUUUAGUGCAUGCUUAGAUUGGAUCUGGAGAGACUUUUUCCUAACACAAUUUCUCAUCCAUUUUAAUCCCCCUACUCCAGUGCCCUAAACUUUAUUUUAAGAAACAUAGAAAUCCAUCCCUCAAUUGGUUUCAUAAGCACUGUAGGAGGAAUAAUAAUUGCCAGACUAAUCUGUUGUUUGUAUUUGAACUGAUGGAUGAUGCAACACUGAUGCGUGUUUUCUUUUUGUAUUCCCUGAAGAGAACAGAGCUCUGUUACCUGACACUAUAAAUAGACAGAGGUAUAUAUUAGCUUAGAUAGCUUUUUUAAAAAAACGGAUUAGACAAAUUCAUGGAAGAUAAAUCCACCAAAGGCUUUUACUCAUGAUAGCUAUGUGGACCUUCCAUUUGGAUGAAAGGGAUCAUGUAGACCCAUAUUAAUCUGUUUUCAGGCCUGGUUAUAUUAUGGAAACAGCUUUUAUAGCUCAGUGGGGCAGACAGGGGAAAUUUAAUCCCAUUGCUAUCCCCGGACCUCUUAGCAGCAUUUGAGACCUUCUAUGCUUUUGCAUGGUCUGGCCUUUGUAGCACCAGUUUGUUUCUGGAUGAGGGUUUAUUGGAAUAGAGUGGGGGAUUUUACCACUGCUGUGGUUGAAUAAUUGGAUAAAUUUGCUCAGGAGAUGGGGGAAUAAGAUAAAAGGAAGAUGGAAGGUCAAAUGAAAGUAGAGAGGGAAAGUAACAAGCAAAGAUUCCUAGCAGUGGAAGGAAACAUAUGAGGAAUCUAUUGAGUCCAUUGCUGGAUUAAGAGAGCUUGGAAAUAUGAUAAGUCUCUAUUAGGUUCUAAUGGCUGGUCCUUAGAGUCAGAGAAGGAAAACCAAGGAGCUCAGACAGUAUGGCUAGCUCUUAAUAGCCUGGAUGGUGUUGAGAAGGUCUCACCACUGGUCAUGGAACUACGAGAGAAUGGAUGAGGAAGAACUGCUAGGCAACUCAGUGUUCUGAAAUAGCUUUGAAUAUACAUUGGAAGGACUCAUUUCAUGAUUUUCAUCCUAUUUGGCAAAGGGAGACAUCUCUUUUGCUUAUAUGGUUGCACAUCCUUCAAAAGAUUCAUAUUCUUUGCCUCGGCAUCACUGUUCAAUCUGCGAUUACAGGCUUAUUAAUUAAUUACAAAUUAAUAGCUCAAAUUUCUCCAAGGAGCUAGCCAGAUGUUCUGGCUUGAGGACAGAGAUUUUAUAGCGUCCCAUGCUUCCCAAGUUUUAUUCUACUUAUAUCACUACCACUGUCUCCAAGACUUUGGCCACAAGUGCCAGGUAGAGAAGUUGCUUUUAAUCCUUGGUUUCCCAUGAGGCUGACGAUUUAUGUAGUUUUUACUAACUCAUUUGCCUCACAUAAAAAUGGCCCUUUAACUUGAACUGUGCAGUUAUAAUUAAACAGAAGAACAAGAGGAAUCAUUGCUCUUAAAACAAAGCUAGCUUGCAAAGGAUUAGAGCCAUGGGCUGUGGGACAAAGCCCAUGUAUUACCUAAGGUAGUUCUAAAUUUUGUACUUGGCUUGUGGGUUUCUCAGAAAGCCAAGAAACUUAAGACUUCAUGAGCUGGCAAAAAACCUAAAAAUUGGCAGUCUUUCUUAGGUUGCUGGUGUACAUGCUUGAAACUUGUACUUAAAAACCAGAAAGACGGAUCAUGUGUCUCAAUGAGUCUUCCAUCCAGCAACUUCUGAAACUCCAGAAGCCUAAGGACAUCAGUUAAACUCAAAAGAUGCAGAGGAACAUUCUUGGUAGAUGCAAGCACUCCUGUUAAAUAUGCUUUGUCCCAUGGUACGUCACCCAGAAUGCUUACAUUUCUCUGAAAUUGGUUAUAUUUAUAUGCUUAACAGCAUAAUCCUAUGCAUGCCUACCAAGAAGGAAUUACCCCCAGGUGAGUUCAGUUGGACUUUCUCGUAGGUAAAUGUGUGUAUAGGAUUGCAGCCUAAGUGUGUUCUUCAACCCAGUUUGAACCACUGAAAAGGUUUGUUCUCAUGUUGCCACCCUUUGGACCUCCAUGGAGGGGACUCAAGAAGAAGGUCAAGAUGAUGAUUGCUGGCUCCACAUUGGUUUAUGUGAGAAGAAGUGGUCCCUGAAGUAUUGAGGUCCUGAACAGCAUAAGGCUUUGUAGAUCAAAGCCAGUACUUUGAACUGAGCCUGGAAACUAAUUUGUAGCUAGUACCUUCAUGCCAGAAUUGGUUUUGUACGUUCAGACCAUCCUGCACUGGUCAGCAAUCUGGCUGCUGAAUUCUGCACCAGUUACAAAACGGACGUUUGGGUCAGUGAUUUUGUGGCCAGAUACCAAAACUGCUAAAGUUAUCUUCCCUUUUAUUCAUGCAUGCCUAUUUAUUAUAAGCACUCCCAUUGCAUUCAUUCAUUUCAUUUAUAACCUGUCUUUUCUUCAAGGAUUUCUAAGUGCUAUAUAUGAUCCCUCUCCUCUACAUUUGACCCCCACAGCAACAGCCCUGUGAGGUAGAUUAGGCUGAGACAUAGUGACUAAUCUGGCUCAAUGGUCAUUCAUUGAGUUCUUUGUGGCUGAGAAGGGGAUUCAAACUUGGGUCUCUUAGCUCUCAUUCAGCACUUGAACUGCCAUGCCACACUGGCCCUCAUCUACACAAGGGGUGGACUCUUAUUUAAAGCAGCCUUUCCACUCCUGUCAGCGUUCAUCUUUAAGAACAACAAUGUUCUUAUUGUUAAAUAAAAAAAGUUGUUUAUUUAAAAAGGUAAAAAAAAAAAUCAGCUUGGCUUUGAAUGGGAUUUCCUGCUUUAAGUACGAAUUCUCACACACAGAGUAAAAACAUGCGCAGGUAAGAAGGCUAACUAUGUAGUCCUUCAUGCUUAGCAACGAUUGUGCCUGGUGUUAUGGGAUCGUUGGAUGGAGCCAAGAAUAAAAAUUCUUCCUGUGUCUGGACACAAUGCUCUCUGACUACAUUCUUGCCUAGACUUUGCAGGUGCUUUACAUAAGGCUUCAUUCACCUGAAACAUCCUGAGGCUGUCAGCUAUGAUGCUAUUAUAUAACUCUGACAGGUCCACAUUUGGAAUAUUAUAUGCCAUUUGGUGGCCCAUUUCUGGUUCCAUUGAAAAGAGGUGGGAGACGUAUAAUAAAUAUAAAUCAAGUCUCAACAAGGGCUCUUAGACAAAACUACUUGAGAGAAUGGCUUGACGGACAGUGGUGCUAAUGAGACAAAGAGGCAAGAACUGAGGAUUAAUCUUUUCAUACUUCAUUCAGUGCUCAAAUGCCUUGACUUUUGUAGUGAGUUUGGAGGGCUAUAAUUCAUACAUUUAAAAAAUACAUUUAAAAGUAAUCACUUUGAUCAUGCAUCUUUAUCUCACUAGACUAUGGCAGGUUUUGUGGCUAGACACCAAAAAACACUGAAACUUAGCUUUAGGUACAGAAAGUUUACAAAGACUGCCUAAUCUAAUCUGUUUUCCAUCACCACCUUUUCUCUCUCCCCCCCCCCCCGUCGCAUACGUUUGCCAUAUUAUGUAAUUUGCCCACUCAUUCAUUCUAACUCUGGCAAAAUGAUUAACUUGACUUUGGUCUUCACACUGAAGAAUAGUUAGCACCUUAAUAGAGCUCUGCUCUUCCACUCAGAGCUCAUGUUACAACUCAGGGUUCAUUAUUACUCUGUAAAGCACUAUGGACAUUAAUGGUAGAAUGCAUGAUCUAGCCAAAGUAAUGCAUUUUCAAGUCCCAUUUAUUUCAAGACGAGCGUAUUUUUGCAUCUCACCAAUGGAAACCAAUGGGAUUUCAAAGUUUUAAGCUUUGGCUGGAUUGUGACCUUAAUGUGUAGGCUGUUACUUCUUGUUAAUGAUUUACUUGUUUUCCCUCAUGUCAUAUUGACUUUAGGAAAGAUUGUGGCAAGAAAAUUAUCUUACGUUCCUCUUGAUCCUAUUUAAAAGUCAGGUGUGAAUAAGCCCUGUGUUUUUGAGAUUUGUAGAUCUGUCCAGUAGGAACAAUCUGAAAAUUCUCUAUGGGAGAAACAGCAGCUAAGUGAUAGCACACAUGCAUUGCAUGCAGAAGGUCCCAGGCUUUUGCUUUGCCAUCUCUAGAUUUGUUUGUUUGUUUAAAAAAGAACCAGGUAGUUGGUGAUGUGAAAUAUCGGAGACUUCCAGAUUCUGCAGCUGGAAUUGACAGUAGUUAACUAAAUUUUAAAUGCAGUACACCCAUUAAAAGGACUGUAACUCCCUAUUUGAACCUGCCUAGGUUUUGAGAUCUUCAGGGAAGGACCUUCUCUCAGUCUCACCACUCUUAAGGAAAUGUUUGGCAAGGAGAACCUGUGAGAUUACCUCCUUGGUGGCUACUCCCAAGUUCUGGAACUUACUUCCAUGGGAGACUAGAUGGGCCAUCCCUCUCCUUUCCUUUCACCGGCAGGCGAAAGCUUUUUUUGUUUGGACAGGUCUUUGGCCACUAACUUGCAGUUGUGAUGAUGAAGGAUUCAAACCAGAGACUUCCUCCUAGUACAGUGGCUAAGAUGGAAUUUCCAUAGGGAAGGGACUGUGGCUCAGCGGUAGAGAGUUGCUUUGUGUGCGGAGGGUUGCUGGUUCAAUCUCUGGCAUCUCCAUCUAUUAAAGGAUCAGGUUGAAGAAGAUGGAAAAGUCCUCCAUUGCAGAGCUUUAUUGCGGUCCAUAAACCAAAAGUACAUGGUACAAUAGUAUAUAUCAACAAUUAUUCAGGUGUAAGAUCGGCCUUGCUAGCCAACAGAGGAGCUUUAGCUUGUACAUACUGAAUUUUGCUACAGCCAGUGUAAUAGUAUCAAUCUUAUCCUCAAGGAGACCCUUGAUAUGAGAAGAGUCAGCCAUUCCAGGGUGCUCUGCUAAUAUUGAAUUGAUUAGGUGCUGUCUAACCUGUUUAUACAGACUACAGUGUAACAAAAUGUGCUUCAUAGAUUCAACAUCCUGGGAACAUGGGCAUAGCCUAUCUUGGUAUGAUUAGAAAUCAGUGGGCCAGGUGGGCAAGUAGCCUGACUCAGCAUAGGGCGGCUUCCUGUGUUCUUAUGUAUCAUGCUACCCCACCUCUAGAAAUGGUCAAAGAAUGAGAUUCUGAUUACAGAUUGAUAUUAAGAACAUAAGAAGAGCCUGAUGGAUCAGGCUAAUGGCCCACCUACUCCAGCAUUCUGUUGUCACAGCAGCCAACUGGAUACCUGUGAGAAGGCCACAAGCAGGACCUGAGCACAACAGCAUUCUUCCUGCUCAUGAUUUCCAGAAACUGGUAUUCAGAGACAUAGGCAGAAGGUUGUCAUCAUGGCUAAUAGCCACUGAUAACUCCAUGAGCCUUUCUAAUCCCUUUUUGAAGUCCUUCAGAAUGUAACCUGAUUUGUUUCAUAAUUCCCAUCUACCUUCUCUACAGGACUUGCCUUUGCUGUUCUCUCUUCAGUGCAUCCGGUGUUUGGUUUAUACGGAUCUCUCUUCCCUGUUAUUAUUUAUGCCAUAUUUGGAAUGGGACGCCACGUUGCCACAGGUAAGUGCUUUUGGAUCCUUGAGGACCAGUUCCGAGAACUUAACAGGUCUGUUGGCUGACUCUCUUAAUUUUGCCUUCGAGGUUAGUGUUUUGUAUAGCUCACAGUGUACGAUGAAUAAAAAUUAAACAAGCUGUUCUUCCAUGGAAGGGCAGAAUGCAGAAUUAGCUUCCAUUUGCUUCUAUGAAAAUCAAAGAGUCCCCGAGGAUCAAUGCACAAAGCUUUGCAACUUUUCAGACUCCAUUCAUUUGUAGGAACCCCAUGUAAUUUCUGCGGAAGUAAAUGGAAUUUGGGUAACAGCAUGGCUUGAUGGGUUGUGCUCUCUGUGACACUCAAAUUCGGCAGUAGUUUUGUGGACUUCAGUAGUUGGACUAUUCUGAACUCUUGCAGCUUGGAGGAGAUAGAAAUCACCCUCCAGAAAUGAAUUUGGUAUUUUUUUGGUGCAUUUCUUUUACAACUACUUUUUUUCCUGUGUAAUAAAACUAUUUGGGGGUGGGGGAAGCAUGAUGAAGAUCAAUCUGGAACUGUAUCUGCAUCAUUAAUAUUGCACCAACACUGUCUCCAUAAGGACUCUCCACUUCGAGAUCUGGCUGGUGCCUGCUAAAGGUCUGUGUCUUUCAGAAGGCCUUUGGAUGCUAAGGUUUGGCCUUUGGCCUUUGAACGGAUGGUGUAGUUUUAGUUAACUGUGUUGUAUUGUUUUGUUUGUGUUCUCUUGUUUGUUUUAUUGUUUCAUUGCUGUAAUCUGCCCUGGGGUCUUUUGAUGAAGUGCAGGCUCUUAAGUUUCAAAAAUAAACAAAAUAAAUACAUUAUACCAUUAUAUAUAAUGCUCUAUAAAAUUUGCUCUAAGAUGAAACUUUCACCUGGGAGAGCUCAGCCAAAGACAGUUUAUUUGCUUAUUUCCAGAAACAAAAAACAAGAGCUGCACAGUGUUCGCUUGCUUUGAAACCAGAAGAGAUUGUUGUUAUCGUUUGGCUGACUCAUAUCCAGAUAAUCUCUCUCUCUCUCUCUCUCUCUCUCUCUCUCUCUCUCUCUCUCUGUGUGUGUGUGUGUAUGUGUCCCCUGCCUGGCUCUCUCUCAUACACACAUACACAUACACAUAAUGGUCUUUUUAUGUAUGGAUGUAAACACAUAAAUCCAUAUUAUGUACAACAGAAGAAUAGUUAAGCAAGAAAGGGCAAUCCUGCAUCAGACAUUUUGCCAUUCUUCUAGGCAGCUGCACUAUAUCAUCCAAAUCAUUCAUCCCUUACAAAGGACGCUGGAGCCCAACUCUCAUACUAAGCAAUUCCUGGCCGGGUUUUAGUCAGGAUGGCGUCAGUGCGCAUUCUACUGCCACACCUCAAGCACUUGAUUCACUCCAUCUACCUUGACACCAAAUGUUCUUUUCAAUUGUGACAGUGCUUUAAAAAUAACAAGAGCUUACAGACAACAGCAUCAAUGUCUGUUAGCCAGGAUAGCUAUAUUUCCUCCAGUAUCUAAGGCUAAAUGCUUUGAAUGUGCAGGAAAACAUUGACUCAAAGAGAGGAGAGCAGACUCCUGUGCUUACUGAUGAAUUUUUUUUUAAAAAAAUUGCUCUAUUGUUAUUAUUUAAUUAGAUGGUGAGCAAAAUUUAAAAUCUUCACUCUGUAAGCACCAGAGUCUACUCUCCUCUUUGUUUGACAGUACGUGUAGAAUACAAGUUUGGGGGGGAUCAUGAUCAUGCUCCAGGGUGCCAGCUCCAGGGUGCUGAGUCCUUUUGGGGGCUGAGCCCUUUUGGGGGUGCCUACAUUUUGGGGGUAAGGCUGGGCCCCCACCCCACAAGUCACGGAGGCAAAGUGCAGAACUGACCGUGGCACAACUCCAGUAGCCAGCUCUUUCCCCUCCUCCUUCUCCUGCUGCGGAGGUGAUUGGAUCUAGAAAGUCCAGCUUCCAUCAUCCCUAACUAUUGGCCAUUCUGGCUAGGGCUGAUGGGAAUCUGGGAACCCACCAGUUGCCCAGCCCAGUCUUAGGUAAUUUUCAAGCUCAUAUGGGCAUCCCAGUGAUGCUUACUCAGAACCAAAGAAGGGGUCCGUUUAAGAUAUUAAUUUGAGAACUGAUCUCUCAGAAUGAGAAGCAGGGUUUUUACAGAGAACAUCUGGUCCCGGUUGCAGAAAACAAUGGAGCUGGGUACGGGGGUCAUGGCCUCCCUUUAGUUAAUACGGGUUGGAAAGGAUGGAGGAAGGGAAAGAGCUAUGGGAGCCUUUCAGAUAUUGGGGAGGGGAAAUUCUGAAUUGCGUGGAACCACACACAAAGCUAUCCCCUUGGGGUUUGAAAAGCCCAAGUAUAUGCACAUUCCCUUUGGUUGUUAUUAUGCUUUCUAAGGAGCAAUCAUUGUCUUUUGAGUAAUUGCGUGGUUUUUUGGAAAUGGUCUGUGUGCCAAAAUGUGCAUUCAGUGCUACAUUUAACAGCUCUGUAGCAGCCAUGUGGUCUGCUGGGAAAGCAGCAUUCCGUCCAAAGUACAUAGAAUUUGCAUCAGGACGUAUGCAAAGCCUAUUGUCAAAGGCCCCUUGCAACUCACUGGCAAGUUGGAUUUGCAUCUUGUGGCAAGUUCCUUGGAAGCGAUCAUAACUCUUGAGUCAGCAAAGUAGACAUUACGUAGUUACUUCAUUUAAAGUGUAGUAAUUGCCCAACAGGGACAAGCUGGACUAUUGGUUUCUUCAGGCAAAGCAUUUAGGACAUCUGGUAAUUUGAAUAAAUGUUGGAUGCAGUUUGAUAUAUUUAAAGGGUUUGGGAUAUCUGAGCAGCGUAAUUGAUGCACGUUCUGUGCUAUUCAUGUUGCUUUUAGAUGAAACAAGAUUUCCAGAAUGAAGGCGUAGAGUGUUUGGUUAGAAAAUUUUGAUCAGUGGAGAAAUUUGGCGUUCAUUUUUUAAAAAAAUGCUUUGUAGUUAUUGUAAAGUAUCUUCUUUCUAUGAUCAGUAUUUGUAAUCUUUUAUAGAUCUGGGUGAACUUAUAGUUUUGAAACAAUUCUAUAAUGCCUCCAAUAAUGCUAUUAACGCCCCCCCCCCCCAAAUAUUUCUUAUAACAUUUACCUUAAAGAGAAGUAUAAAUGUUAAAGUACACCUUAGGAUCCAAGACAUACAAUUUAUAUUUCCCUUAACUGUACAAGUUACUCCUUUGCUGCAGAUCUCUCCAUUGAUUUGGUGGCUAUCACAACAUCCAUUAACAACAUUUCAUAUAUAUUUCACUCAAGCAUUUAUGUAAGGAUCCCAUGUACAUGUAGCAGGAUGACUCACAUAUAUACACACAAAACAAGAGUUGAAUAAACCACCUUUGUUUAUCAUUUCAAUAACACACAAAUGUAACUUUGAUUGCUGCAUGAUGUUUGUGGUUGCUGUGGGAAGGGCCGCAGGAAUGGACACAGAAGCCUGGUAUUGGGUCAAAUUAGGCCACAGCUUUAUUGAUUACAGGAAAGAGUAUGUUUGGCUAAGGCAUUGGGCAUGUAUCCCGCAUCAGGCAGCUCACAUGCUGCCUGAUAAGAACUCAGUAGGGUCGACCCUGUGCUGGGGAGUCAUCCCCCAACAUGGAUCGAGUGCCACAACCCUGCACAGCCUGCCAUUGGGAGCGGUGUAUUGGACCAUCAGUCCCUAUGUGGACUCCUGGACAAUCUCAUCCCUCCUGGACCCCUUUAACAGGGUAUCCACACCACUCAGCAUCCAGCCCAAUGCCUUAUCCACCAAAGCUGUGACAGUUGCUAUGAGGUAGGUGAAAACUGGCAAGCCAGCUUGCAGGAGAAAAUUCCUUCCUGGCCCUGAAUAUAGCAAGGUCCAUACUCUAACUUGCCCACUCCCCCACUAGGCAGACCCCCAACAGACUGCAUGGGUGGAAAAUCCCACGGCGGUCAGCAAAGAGGGUGGCCUGCGCUUGGCAGCCCUCUUAAAUACACCAGGAACAGGCAGGGCACAGCCCCCAUGCCUCUGCCUCAACUGGCCUUGCGGGUAAGGCUCACCCUAACUGGAAGGUCCAGCAUGACCAGAGGUGGGUGGCACCAGGUAGCCAUCCCCCGCCCCGAAUACACAGGAAGAUGGUGGCCUCCCAGGACUAGCCGCUCUGCCCCAGAUGAGCGAAUAAUAGAGAAAUACAUUUUCCUGGUAAGAGGUGAUGCCUAAAAUUGGUGUGUGCAGAAAACAACACAUGGAGAACAGACAUGUAGUUGGACUAUCUGAAUACAGAGCUGGGAAGGCAACUUUCAGCACAUUUUAAGCACAAUCAUUUGGACACAACACACAUAGGUUUGGAUCCCAACUACGUUGUUCACAAUUUAAUCCCAUUGAAAAUCAAUAAUACUUCAGUUCGUCACGUGGGCAUAGCCACAAUUUUUGUUAGGGGGGCAGGCAUUGGGGGUGGGGCAGAACCGCUGUGAUUGUUCAGUUAGUUAAGUAUUUCUAUUGUUUUACUUGAUCUAGGGUGGGCAACUGCCCCCCCCCGCCCCCCUUGGCUACGUCCAUAGUUCAUUAUGACUAACUGGACUCAUUGGUUUCUGCUUGAAAUGUGACUUAGUCUUCACCCAGUCAACAGAUUUCAAUAGCACUUCCUUCGUUUUAAGCACAAUGCAAAACAAACUGGAACUGUACCGAUCAGAAACUAAACUCUCUCUCUUUUGCAGGAACCUUUGCGUUGACCUCCUUGAUAUCAGCUAAUGCUGUCGAGCGUCUUGUUCCUCCCAUGAGCAGCAACUUCACAGCAAACAAUAACUCCACGGUUUUAGGAUUAUCUGAGUUUGAGAUGCAGAGGAUUGGAGUUGCUGCAGCAGUUUCAUUAUUAGGAGGACUCAUUCAGGUAGGUAUCCCUUAAUAGCCAAUACAUAUAUAGAAAAUCAGAUUAGCAGUAAACCAUAAUGCAUCCAGAGCCCCUAGAAGAAGCAAAACUGGAUUGUGAUGGAGCCAUAGCAUGGAGUCCUCCCAUGUGCUCUGGAGUUUGAUGUGGCCUAAGUAGCAUGGAAGACACCUCACUGCUGUAGUGUUGAUGCCACAAAAGCAAGAUCAGAGGGAGCUGCCAGUUGUACACGAUCUUUAAAAAUGAAAUAUACAUUUCAUUACAGGCUGAGGUUUAUGCAAAACAUGAUCAGUAUUUCAGCUAAGCUGCUGCUUACUGAAUAUAAGGGAAAAUGUUCCCUUUUAUCCACCAGGGUUCCUGUCUGCUCCAAGAAAUUAAAACUGGGAGCUAAUUCUGCCAAAUCAAGAUGGGAGUCUGCUGAAAAAUGAAUGGCUUACCAUGUGUUUAGGCCUACUUUCAUGGGCCUGUGGAUGGGUCAAAUCACGUGUUAUAGUCACUUCCAUCAGGGGUGGCUAAUGUGGCCCUCCAGAUGUUCCUGGACUAUAGUUCCCACCAUCUCAGAUCAUUGGCCAUGCUGGCUGGGGCUGAUGGGAGUUGGAGUCCAGCAACUUCUGGAGGACCACAGGCUCCCCAUCGUACAUGAUGAAUCCUUGCAAAGAAGCCAUUUGGGGGACAAAGGCGCACAUGGCAUAAUAACAUUGGAACUAGUCUUCAAGUGACCAUUUCCCAGCACCCCUUCUCUUGCGUCUCCCAGCAUCAAGUCAUAUGGCAAGAAGUUCCACUGUGACUGUUUUCAGCUUGCAGAUGAAGUUGAUCUGGGCCAGAGAGGACGCUGGAGUUUCAUGUAGCACAGGCAAAUGUUUCCUUAUCCUUAAGAAAGCUGCUGGCAGGUUUGGUGCAAAGUUACAUGACAUCGCUUGCUCUGGCUUCAACAUACCCGUCUAAGUUUACCUGCCGCUUUUCAGGUUAAACCAAGAAAGCUGGUUCCACCACUCUUUUAAAUCUGAUUAUUAAUGCACUUUAAGCGGAGUCCCAGGUAUGUUCAUGUUGGCACUCUCAGUUUACAUAGCACAGCUGAUAUGCCCAACAGGCUGCAUGCAAACUGAGAGCAUGCCCUGGAACACCAGUGGCAACUAAUUUUUAAAAGGGCCAAACUGAAGGUCCAGUGGCAAUGGAUAGGUGGAACCACCCUGUUCUGAUUUGCAGAAUUUUGGCAGAAAGCAGACUUUAUUUUAUCUAUUGGAAACCUUUAUCUCCUGCUUUUUCAGCUUGUAAGAUCUUCAAAAGGACUUACAGUCUAUAAUAGCCAUGGGGACUUGUGGCACUUUAAAGUGUAACACAUUUAUUAAGGUGUAAGCUUUUGUGGACUUCAUAAGAUGCAAGACAUUACUCUCACUGGGCAGCUAUACAUCUAUUUAUAAUAAGGGAUAAUAAAGAAAGGCCAAAUGAUUGGAGGCUGGUAGUGCAAUACAGAAGAAAAGAACUUGAGGUAGCUGGGAUUGGAGCAAACUUCAUGCUACUGUAAUACAAGUGAAAAAUAAUAGUAAGGAAAGAUAAAAUGUGAUAUCUUAAUUUUUUCCCUAUUAUGCAUGUAUUCUUUAUAAAGUAUUUGUUUAUGAGACGUACCUUUAACUGUUCAAAAUUUAUAAGGAGCCCGUAGAUGGAAUGAUUGUAUAUGGUAUUUUGUGCAUAGGAAUUACGUAAAACAAUUUUUAAAAAAAGAAGAGGAGGGAACUGUAAACAAAAUUCUUUACUGCGAUCACAUUUCAGUUAAUGACUGCUUCUGUAUUAGUGGGUAGAUAUCUAAGUGCUGCAUGCAAUUCCAUAUAAUAAUCAUCAUCAUAAUAAUUUGCUUUUUUUGUAUGUGGAAACAUCCAAAUUGAGGUGUUUGGUUUUUUUAAAUCAGUAUUUCUUUUGUUGUUUCAAUGCCCAGUGGAUACACUUAUUUUGAUUUAUAUUUUUAAAUGACACCGGGCAAAACUCCCAAAGACAGAUUUCCUUCUUGCCGUUUGGAAUAUGGCUGCUAAUCGUAAAAUAACCUCUCUAGCUUUUGCUUUGGCCAAAGUUUAUGCGUGCUUUGUCAAGUGCUAUCUUUUGGAGCAUGUGCCAGACCAGUGUUCAUUUUCAUUGUAGACUGUUAUUGUUAUGGCAAAUGGCUGAAUCCACAAAACUGAAAUUGAACUGAAAUAUGGCCUCUACUGAGAAUCAGCAAUUAAGUAGAGUAUUCACAAUUCCUUACCAUCAGUCAGUUAUUGCACUCAGGUACAUUGCUGUAAAUGUACCCUUAUUAUAUGAUGCUUAUGUUACUGCAUGCUUUGGGGUGUUUCUGUGGUGAGGUGCAUGCCCUAGUUUUCUUGUCAUUGUGGAAAGUGGAUAUUGGUGUACCCCAGACAUUUAAGACCAUAGUGUAGCCUCCUUCAACUUGGUUGUUGUUGUUUAGUCGUUUAGUUGUGUCCGACUCUUCGUGACCCCAUGGAUCAGAGCACGCCAGGCACUCCUGUCUUCCACUGCCUCCCCCAGUUUGGUCAAACUCAUGCUGGUAGCUUCAACUUGGUGCCCCCCCUCAAUGUUGGCCUACCACUAAAAACUAUUUAAAACAUAUUAAAACAAAUUACGGUCACUAGAAAUAUAUAUUUCAGGUGUCCAAGACCAGGGUGAAGAUACGCAUAUGACAAAAGCUGUAUAAAGAAGAUGCCAGGCACAGCUGUGUAAGGAGGGAGUUUCACAACUUAAGGGCUGCCACAGAGAGUGCCCUUUCCUGGGCCACUACCCUCUGAAUUUCUGAGGACAGUGGAACUACCAAUAUGGCUCCAGCUGCUGCCCUUAACACUCAAAGAGCACCUGUAGGGAAGAAUGUGGGCUUUCAGUUAUUUGAGACCUAAGUCCCUAUUGCACAUGUGUCUGUUUUAUUACCUGUACACAGGAGAGAAUUCAUGAUUCCUGGCAUUUGCAUGCGUGACAAAAUAGAGUCAUGGGCAUGCAUCCCAUGCUUGAUGAACUGCAUGUUGGAUUCUUGCAAUUGAUGUCCAAACGUUGUAUUAUGUGGUUGUGAGGAACCAUGGCAUAUUCAUUUGCCCCUGAGUUAUGUUACAAUCAUGUAACUUUUUUUAAAAAAAAUACUUUUCUAUGCUGACUUUUGUAAACAGUCAUAUGCUUGAAAGAUCUUGUUAUUAGUUGCCAAUGGACACUAUCAGAAAGAAAACAUCUUUUGUUCUCAUUUAGCAUGGCAACAAAAGCUAAUCAGGCUAUUCUAUUGUAAUCACUAUUUAUCUAAUGGAGAGGUAAGGAAUGCUUUUGAACCAACACACAAUAGCUACUGAACUGUGGAAAAUCUUGUAUCUUUCCUCUUCAAAGCUUUGUUUUAUUCGGUUUUUCAGCAGAGGCAGGAUUUCAUUUUUUAAUAUUCUUUUGUCAUAUUUUCUCCCCCUUCCCCCCAACCUCUUUUUUCUCCACCAGCUCUAGGCAAAUCAAAUGAAGGUGACAACCUGACCCUAACCUUCCCCUACCCAGCAGAAUGUUCUAUUAUGAAUUGGCUAUAUCAGGCAUAGGCAAACUCGGCCCUCCAGAUGUUUUGGGACAGUGGUCAGGGAUGAUGGGAGUUGUAGUCCCAAAACAUCUGGAGGGCCGAGUUUGCCUAUGACUGGGCUAUAUCUUUAGCAUGUUUAGUUUUGUGUGAUUUGUACCUUAAGUUGCUAGCGCACUCCAUGCUUCAGUUCCUUGUGUUGUCUUCAUUAGUUAGUGCUCCACUUUAGGCUUCUUUCCACAAAAGAUAGUAAAUAGGUAAAUACAGUAGUACCUUGGGUUACAUACGCUUCAGGUUACAUACGCUUCAGGUUACAGACUCCACUAACCCAGAAAUAGUACCUCGGGUUAAGGACUUUGCUUCAGGAUAAGAACAAAAAUCGUGCUCCGGCAGCAUGGCAGCAGCAGGAGGCCCCAUUGGCUAAAGUGGUGCUUCAGGUUAAGAACAGUUUCAGGUUAAGAACGGACCUCUGGAAGGAGUUAAGUACUUAACCCGAGGUACCACUGUAACCUUUUCUAUGUUUAAUUGCUAGCCUCCAACUCUGGACAUUGUUCUGCCUUUCCACUACUUUGUUUUUUCCUUUAAGACCUCCACCCCCAACAAAAUAAUGAAUUUGCCUACCAGUUCUUAUUUGUUUGUUUGUUUGUUUGUUUGUUUUUAAUCUGACAUUGGAAAACUUCCUCUCCAAGGGCCAAACUAUUUGGAAUGCAGGAGAUCAAUGAAACCCUUGCAAAGUUCUUGUCUGACUUGCUUGGCAAAACAUACAGGUAUCAUAAAUGUCCCUAGUUUGGGCAAAUGGCACAAGAAAACACCCACACACUAGUACUACAUUCCUACUCUAUUUCCAGAGGGAUGGCCAUGCUUGCCUGAUGCAGCAAAAUCAGACAAGUGUCUUGUGACUCCUUAAAGACUAUGAAACAUUAUUAUGGUAUAAACAUUAACUAGUAAAAUUGAUUCCUUCCGACUGAUCCAAUUGCAUUCCUUUAAAUAUAUUUAAAGGAACUUGCUGCUGGAAAGAGAGUUCUCAUAAUACAGACUGAUGCAAUUCUGUGCAUCAUUUAACACAGCCCAAAUUGUCUCCAGCCAGAUAACAGUAGUGUCCAAGAUGUGACUUCUAUCUUAUCUCCUGACCCUCAUUAAGUAGUGUCAAUUUAAGAGCAUAUCUCAGGCCAUUCAAAGACCAAUGUUAUUGAACAGGCUUGUCAAAGUGAGUGACGCCCUAGUAGAAUAUAGCAUAUUUUCGAAUAAUUAGCCCUGCCCUUUCCUUUUCAAGAUGGCUCUUGGCCAGAUAUUCAUCUUAACAAAUCAUUUCUAUUUCACACUGCUGAUGUUGGAAGGACAUUGUGCGUUUCCCAUGUCCAUUUGUCCUUGGACUUGUUCCUUUUUAUUUCACAAUCUCUCGCUUUUUGUGGCUGUAGCCGUGCUAAAGUGGUUUCACCUUUGGCUACAUAUUGCUGUGAGAUGCCUGCAGUUCAACAGAGUUAACCAUGCUUAAUUUCAAGGGGCUUUGGCAACUAUUGUGUUGGAUUGUGGCCAGUGGCUCCACUCUAGAGGGCUGAUGAAUAUAAUUAUACUUUUGCGCGCACCCAUUUAUCAUGUUAUGGGAUGUAUCCCUCACUGCACUCUCCUUCGAUAAGUGUGUCUCUAUACAAUCUAUACUAUACAAUACUUGGAUGAUGGACUCAAGGGCAUCCUGAUCAAAUUUGCAGAUGACACCAAACUGGGAGGGGUGGCUAACACCCCAGAGGACAGGAUCACACUUCAAAACGACCUUGACAGAUUAGAGAACUGAGCAAAAACAAACAAGAUGAAUUUUAACAGGGAGAAAUGUAAAGUAUUGCACUUGGGCAAAAAAAAAUGAGAGGCACAAAUACAAGAUGGGUGACACCUGGCUUGAGAACAUGUGAAAAGGAUCUAGGAUCUAGGAGUCUUGGUUGACCACAAACUUGACAUGAGCCAACAGUGUGAUGCGGCAGCUAAAAAAGCCAAUGCAAUUCUGGGCUGCAUCAAUAGGAGUAUAGCAUCUAGAUCUAGGGAAGUAAUAGUGCCACUGUUUUCUGCUCUGGUCAGACCUCACCUGGAGUACUGUGUCCAGUCUGGGCACCACAGUUCAAGAAGGACACUGACAAACUGGAACGUGUCCAGAGGAGGGCAACCAAAAUGGUCAAAGGCCUGGAAACGAUGCCUUAUGAGGAACGGCUAAGGGAGCUGGGCAUGUUUAGCCUGGAGAAGAGGAGGUUAAGGGGUGAUAUGAUAGCCAUGUUCAAAUAUAUAAAAGGAUGUCACAUAGAGGAGGGAGAAAGGUUGUUUUCUGCUGCUCCAGAGAAGCGGACACGGAGCAAUGGAUCCAAACUACAAGAAAGAAGAUUCCAUCUAAACAUUAGGAAGAACUUCCUGACAGUAAGAGCUGUUCGACAGUGGAAUUUGCUGCCAAGGAGUGUGGUGGAGUCUCCUUCUUUGGAGGUCUUUAAGCAGAGGCUUGACAACCAUAUGUCAGGAGUGCUCUGAUGGUGUUUCCUGCUUGGCAGGGGGUUGGACUCGAUGGCCCUUGUGGUCUCUUCCAACUCUAUGAUUCUAUGAUUCAAUCCUGGCUAGGCUGUGGUCUUGCUGAUUGCCCCACAUAUUCAGGGAAGCCAUCGUGUGGAAGGUUGCUGCCUACCAUUGCUACAAUGGUAUGUUAAAAUCAACUGCAAUAAAGACCAACUGUAUCUAGUUAUAUGCAUCUCCUUGAUAAAUAUGGCAUGCUUGUAAAGACAGAGGACUGUCACCUUCGGAUCUCAAAAUGCAGAAUGAAAUGUGCAUGUCUUUAUGUCCCUCUGUCUUCUUGGUCAAAGAGGGUCUAUUUGUAUACACAUUUCAUCCUGCAUUUUGAGAUCUACCUGCACUGUUUUCCCAUUUGGAAUAUUCCUUCCGCUAUUAGCUGGAUUAGAGGAUGGUUUCCAGUGUAGAAACUGUUUCUUGUGUAAACCGCUUCCAUAGCUCCCCCAUAGAGAAUUACAUGAGCCCACAUGUCAGUCUCUGGAAGAAAUAUAUGGGUUGCCUUUUUACAUGUUACACACAGAAAAUGAAAGCAUAAGUGUAUUAAUCUAUGCAUUUGAAGCAUUCAAAUCAGCCCUAGUUUUAACAUUUAAACUUUGAUUAUUUUUACAGUGAUGAAAGUUAUAGGCUGGGACUUGUAGUCAGUACAGGACACUGAAAAUAGACACAAGUUUUGUUCCAGUCACUAGAAUAGUGAAACUGUAACUGAAAUAAGUAAAAGUAAGUCAGGAGCAACACUUUGUUUACGGUGCUGAAUGACUUGGGAUACAAAAUGUUAUCUAGAUUGCAACGCAACAAGUAAUUAACUGCAGGGCAAAUUUAAGAACACAGAAAUGUUUUUUAAAAGUCUUUGUCACAGUUAAAGAAUGGCAAAAUAAUGCACGUUCAGCACAGUCAAUGUAAGGCAAAAAGACUGGGCUAGUAAAAGCAAGUUUGUCUUUAUUCAGCAUACAUUCUCUGAAGCUAUUUGCAGCAGGAUAGGUUGUUCAGGCUAAUAGUUCAAUAAAAUUGAAAAUCCAAUUAGCCGUUAUACUCUAAAUAAUAGACGUUGGAAGUGUUUAUUCUUCAGGAUAUCCUGGCUGUGAUCAGAAAACAGCAUCAAUGUCCCUACCAUAAAUUGCAUAAAUUGCACAAAUUGUAUCAUCCUGGUGAUGGUUUCAGUUAGGAAUGCCUUUGAGAGUUGGUUUCUUGCCUUGGCCAUUGAAGUAAACCAGUGACUGUGGCAAAGAUAUUUGUAUGAUUCAAUGUCACAGUGUUCUUGAACUUCAUUGUAUUUUUUGGGAGUGCCAGCGGAUUCAUGUUUGCUCUCUGGUGCUGUCAGUAUGUGAAGGGGGCACAGGUGUACCUACUAAGGAAAUAGAAAACUGGAGAGGCCCAGUGGGUCAAGUUGAAUCAUACAAACCAGAUGGUGGCUAGAAAACCGGUUCAUGGUUUCCAUAACAACACUCCACAUCUCCUAGGAGGGCUUCUCUAGUUGGAGUUGCCAUUCCCUCAGGAAAAGAGAUGGCUGUUUCUUUGUAGACAUGGUCAAAAAACAAACAAAGGAAAGGGUGGUUUUCAUCUGUUUAGCUAUUUUUCUUUUCUCAGGCAACACACUUUUAUAUGAAUAGAUGCCUUUCGCUCAAAGUUCCACUCAAAAACCUUGAGCCACUGACUGCAUACUGCUGAGCCCUUCUGAAAAACCUGAGUUUUGCCCUCUGGUUCCAUUAUGGACCUGGUCUGAGCUCAACCCCCUGUCAAGGUAGCAACUUAACUUUAUUUCACAAGGCCAUUUUGGGAACAUGGGUGUCAGUAUCCUGCUUAGUUUCACACCAUAUGAGGUUGUUCCUUAGCAAUGCCUACAGCCUAGUUAUGACAAAACAGUAGAUGAGACAGUAACCAUGUUUCAUUGCACCUGACUGCUUGUGAGGGUUUUCAUUAUGGAAUACUCCCUGUGGGAACUGGCAUGGUUACAUCCAGAGAACAGGCAUAUCAGGAAUGAGGCUUGGCUAGAACCCAUAUCCCUGAUUUAGUUUCCUUUGUGCAGGGAGUUAUAUAUCUGAAGGAGUAUCCAGGAUUCUGGAAGUUAUUUGAAAGUGUCAACAAACAGAUAGAUAUAGGUGAUCUAGUUGACAUUGUAUGCAUUGAUUUUCUGAAAAGUUUUACAAAGUUUCUCACCAAAGACACCUGAGAAACAUUAGCAGCUAUGGAAUAAGAGGAGAGUCACAGAUUAAGAAGUGAGCAGGAGACAGUUUGCAGUGCACACUUCUUAAACCAACACAAACCAAGACACAGCUAGUCUUUGAAUUUUGUGAUACAGUUCUCAAACCAAAUAAUGGGUACAAAACUGCAUGUAAUAGGGGAAACAGAAGACUGUCCUCGGAUAGCCGUCAAAGAUUUUGGUGUCAGUACAAAGCUGAGGACAUAACAACUUCAUUUUGCUUGUUUAGUUCUGUCUGCUUAGGCCAGGCAGUGUACAUCUCAAAGGAAUACAAACGUGGUUGAGAGGCAUAGCUCCUUCCACUUAAAUCUGUGGGGCCUAAAAUCCUGGCCAUUUGUGACUUUAAAUCUGUCAGACACUGUACAGAGAACGGUCUGAAUGGAAUGCUUUUUAAAAAGUAGCUUCAGCCAGGCUUUCGUGGCUUAAUCCCCCCCCAAGCCCUGCAGAGCUUAUUGUGCCUAUAUAUUGGAGUAACUGAAAAACAACAACAUUUGAGCCAAUGCUUCAGAAAAGUCACCGUACUAAAUACACAUUGGCAGAGCCAGCUGUUAUUAUAGCUAAUCUCAACCCAGAGCCUGGUAAACCAGUGAUAGGAGAGAGAUAACAUAUAAUGAAUAUAUAAAAGUGGACAUGUGUUGAAAGUUUAUUCAUGGUAUGCAAUGCAUAAUUAAAAAAAAAACUUCACUGUUUGAUUAGCUCAUGGUGCUAUCUUGUCCCUUUUAUGUUAAAAGGGUGGGCGUAUCUUUUCCUUACAUUAGCCUUGGUACCCAUAUUCACAUGUAAUCGCUGUUAACAUAUCUUUGGUUUCUCAGGUAGCAAUGUUUGUGCUCCACUUGGGCAGUGCCACCUUCUUGCUCACGGAGCCGGUGAUAAGCGCAAUGACGACGGGAGCAGCUACGCACGUCGUGACUUCACAAGUCAAGUACCUCUUGGGAAUGAAAAUGCCGUAUAUAUCGGGACCCCUGGGAUUCUUUUAUGUAAGUUCAUUCUUGAAAAUUGGCUCUGCCGUGUUGCUCACAGUUUGCAUUUUCGCUGGAUAUGCAGGCCCAGGCCUAGGCACUGCGGUGUCCUGGUGGGGUUUGGGUCGAUGUAUAUCUAAAUCCAACUUGUUCUGGAUGCAGGUCAUUCCCCUCAAAGGUACAGCAGGUACACAGUCUGGGGAUCCUUAUAAAUCUGCUUUGCUAUCAUAGGCCCGAAUGUCGCCUGUGGCACAAAGUGCCUUUCACCUGCUGAGACCCUUCCCGGAUACAGUUAGCCUGUCCAUGGGUUAUCCUUGUUCUGAUAACCUCCAGGCUAGACUGCUGCAAUGCAUUAUAUGUGGGGCUGCCUUUGGAGACUGCACGUAAUGUACCUGCAGAGCUGCCAGAGACAUCUUGCUAGUGCUUAAGGAGCUCCACUGGUCCCCAGUCCGUUUCCAAGCACAAUUCAAAGUGCUGGUGCUUAGCUUACCUUUGAAACCUCAAUGUGACUUGGGAGUUGAGUACCUAAGGCUACAUCUACCCUCCAUCAAUCCAUUUAUGGCCUACUGGCAUCUGAGAUGAAGCCAGCAGUGAUGAGAAAGAGGGCUUUUUGUUGUUGUGGUGCCUUGUUUGUGGAAUUCAUCCUCCUCAGGGAUGCAUGCCUGGUCCAUAUACUCAUGUAUUUUAGUGCUAAGCAAAGGUCUUUUUACUUUCCCAAGCUUUUAACAUCUUCUGACACAGGCUGUGUACACAAUCCCCUUGCAUCCAGUGCAUGCCCACCACUGGCUUGGGAAGUGGUGUACACAUGAUGUUAGCCACAGUUCAUAUCUGUCCUGAAUUUAUCCCGUUCUUCCUUAGCAGAUACCCCAUUUUGACGUGUUUUGGUUCCAAUCAGCUUCAAUCUGAACUGAGAAAAUGAAGGACUUGUCUGCAUUUAAUGAUACCCAGUGCUAGAAUUGUUUAAUGCUUUUUUUAAACUGUCUUUUAAAGUUAGUUUUUUAUUGCUGUGUCUCAGUCUAUAAAUAAAUGCAUGCAAUUACUGCAUUUUAAUCCUCAAAACAAUAUUGUGGGGUAUGUUAGACUGAAAUGCAGUUACUUUCCUACAAUCUCUCAUAGUCCAACUGCAACUCUGGCUCUGGAAACUCCAUUGUUCUUCACUUUUCAGAACCAAUCCAGUAGUAUCUCCCUCUCUUUCUUGCCCUUUCCCAUCUUUACUACCUGUGACUGACUGGAGUGGUGGGGCAAGUAUAUUGUGGUUAUUCAGCAAUUAAUUCCCAACCUCCUUACACAACCAGUAAUAUAACUAGUGUGAAGUGCUGUUGUGGUGCACUUGAUGUACUUUGACUGGUCCAGGGACAGAGAAUCUGGAGAACAAGCUGUUCCCAUAUUAAACUACCCUCUAGUUAUGAUUUUCAUCUACGGCCCUUCUCUGGGUGCUUCAACUUUUGGAAGUUAGGUGGGUAGCUGCUUGAAAGAGAGCCUUUCUUGUGGUGGCUAUCGUAUUGUCGAAUUUUUCGGGCAUCAGCAUCAAUAGCUUGGCUUCUAAAAGAUAAAAGCCUUGUUUAUCUAAAAGAUAAGUUUGUCCAGUUUGCCUGGGGUUUUGACAGUAAGUUAAAUUCUGUGGCCUAUGGCAGGGUAAAAACAUCUUAGUAUAAAAAUGUUGAGUUCAAUGGCACUUAUACCUAAGUAAGAAUAUACUGUAUAGAAUUGCAGCCUUAAAAUGGUCUUCAUUAGUACUCUGAAACAGAUACAUAGAAAGCAUGAUCUCAAGACCCAGUAAUGUUUUACUAAUACAUUGUUCUCUCUUGAUAUUAUUAAUUGCAUAUUAACUUACUUCAGUGUACUGUAAACCUUUAUCAUCUGUAAACCAUUCCUUCCAUAUAAAUUACCAGGAAAUAGGCAAUGCCAUCUGGUGGUUGAUACUGAUAUUUAAAUGCAGCAGCCAAGGGACCCUAGAUUGCAUGAUAUGCUAAAAAUGAUAGGUAUGUAUUGCCCCACUUUCCUUCAUCUCUCUAACCCAGACUUGCCUGUAUUCUAACAUUUCUUGUGAGUGCUAUUGGCUCCUAAUACUUUCAGCCUCCUUGUUUUAUGUCAUCUGCUAAUUUUCUAUAUUAUAGAAAAUCGAGAAUCUAUAGUGUGAUGGGAUGAUGAGCUGCUUGUGCGUAAAAUAGUAUCCCCUCAGAGUUUGUUCAAGUCCACAAACCUCUGUCUGUGACGGAGCCCUUCAGACAUGGCUCCUCUAGUCACUAGCAGUUUCCGACAGUGGUUGCUUUCGUAAUCGCUUCCAACAUAAAAGCUCCUUAACGGAAACACGUCUUCUGGACCCUCUGCGUGUCAGUUUCCGGCGAGGAGUGGGUGUCCCUACAGGAGGUCCUGAAACCUCCCCACUGUUUUCGCUGGAAGUGUCUCUGAGCCAUCCCUCCAGCUCACUUUCCCUCCGCUCAGCUCCUCUCCCCCUACUGGUUCCCUCUUCAGCUGCUGAGUCUCUCCCAACCUGUGUGAGCCCUUUCACCUCCCUUCCGUCUUCAGCUGCUGAGUCUCUCCCAACCUGUGUGAGCCCUUUCACCUCCCUUCCGUCCGAUGGCAGUUCCCUGACAUCCACCUCCCCUCCAGGGCCCCCUUCACCCCCUCUCGCCCCCUCCUCUACGGGCGGUGAGGAGGCAAAACCCGGAAUGAACUUCCUUCAUCUUCCGAUGUCUCGAACACUUCUCUCCACCUGUUGCGGUUCCUGGUCUCGAAGUACUCCUCCUCCUCAGAGUCCAUCUCCCCUUCCCCUUCCGAGUCCGGGAAGCCUUCCAACUCCUCCUCCUCAUCAGUGGUCCCAAAGUAUUCCCUCCGGAACCUCUCCACAGGCUGAGGUUUCCUUGGGAACCUUUGAUGGAACGUUUCUAUCAAUACCUCGUCAUUGAUAUCUUCGGCCAUUACCCAAGUGUUUUCUGACUCCGGUUCUCCUUCCCACACUACCAAAUACUCCACCUGAUUCCCCUUCCACCUGGCGUCGAGGAUUUCUGCCACAUGGCUGCUGCAUUCUCUUUCUUCUAUGACCGGUCCCCAGUGGCCAUCCCUUCUCGUCCCCCUUCGUACGGUGACAGUAACGACCUGUGAAAUACUGGGUGCAGUUUCAUGUGGUUGGGUAACCGGAGCCUGAAAGCCACUGGGUUGACCUGUUGAAUGACCUCAAAGGGACCCAACCUCCUGGGUCUUAAUUUCUUACAACCUCCUUUGAACGGCAACCCUUGGGUUGACAGCCACACCCUAUCUCCCACCCUUAUGGUUUCACCUUCCCUUCGGUUCUUGUCUGCUUGCCUCUUGUAUUCUUCCUUCGCCCUUUCUAAGUUGAGUUGGAGCUGACAAUGGAUUGCUUCCAUUUCUUCUACAAAAUGCUCGGCUGCCGGGACGCUCCAUCUCUCCCCAUCUCCCCCUGGGAAGCCCUGGGAUGACACCCAUAAUUAGCCAAGAAGGGGCUCAUCCCUGUGGACACAUUCUCGGCAUUGUUGUAGGCAAAUUCCGCCAGCGCCAACUUUUCUACCCAGUCAUUCUCUCUGUCAUUGACAUAACACCUCAGGUAUUGCUGGAGGACACCGUUUGCUCUUUCCGCCUGCCCGUUGGUUUCAGGGUGCCGGGCAGUCGAAAAAUUGACCUCCACCUGCAGUAAGCUCAUGAGCUUCCUCCAGAACCUGGAAGUAAAUUGUUUUCCUCGGUCUGAGACCACCCUCAAUGGCACCCCGUGCAACCUAAAAAUGUGUUCUACAAAUAACUUCGCUGUCUCUUCCGCCGUGACUGCAUGCGAGCAAGCUACAAAGUGGCACAUCUUUGUUAGUAGGUCCACCACCACCAUGAUGGCUGUUUUCCCUUUGGACUUCGGCAGAUCAGUCAUAAAAUCUAUCGACACUGCCUCCCAAGGUCGUUCUGGGGUUGGUAAGGGUUCUAAUAGCCCCGCCGGCGCCCGCCUUUCCCCUUUGGCUCGCUGGCAUUGCUCGCACCCUCUUACAUACUCACGUACAUCUUCCCUCACCUUGGGCCACCAAAAUUCCCUGGUGACCAACCACAUGGUUUUGUGUUGUCCAAAAUGCCCCGCCGUAGGGCUGUCGUGCAACUGCUUGAGUACCCUCCCCCUUAAGUCUCCUUCAGGGAUAUACAGUGCCCCUUUGUAAUACAAAGCUCCAUUUCUUUCCUCGAAACCCCCUGGUUCCUCUCCCUCACCCCUAAGACCUCUGAGCUUAUUCUGGGCGUAUUCAUCAUUCUCUGUUUCCUCUACCAGUUCUCUUUGUCCCACCAAUGCCGCCCCACACACCCAGCGGUCCUCUGGAAUGACAUGUCUCUCUUCGGGUGCUCCCUUCCCCUCCAAAUAUUCAGGUUUGCGUGAGAGAGCGUCCGCCCUAAUGUUCUCUGGGCCUGGCACGUAACAAAUCUCAAAGUUAAAUUUGGAGAACUCCUGGGCCCAUCUCACUUGCCGUUGGUUGAGCACUCGUGCCGUCCUCCAAUACUCUAGGUUCUUGUGGUCAGUGCACACUUGCACCUUAUGUUGUGCGCCAAUUAGCAGGUGCCUCCAUCUCCGGAACGCCUCAUGAAUGGCUAGUAGUUCUCGGUCAUACACCGUGUAGUUCCUCUCGGAUUUGUUCAGCUUUCGCGAAAAAAGGCACACGGUCUCCACUCUGACUCCUCCUUGCCUGGCUGCAGAAGCACCGCCCCAAUCGCUCUGUCUGAUGCGUCAGUUUCCACUCUCAUCGGUUUUUGUAAAUCCACAUGCAGGAGUUGUUGUUCCGAGGCGAAGGCCCUUUUAGUUCCUCAAAUGCUCGCUCCGCCUCCUCAGUCCAAACGAACUUCUUCUUACUGCUGAGACAGUCCGUAAUGGGCGCCGUCAGGUGGGCAAAGUUUCUGAUGAACUUACGAUAGAAGUUCCCAAAUCCUAGGAACCUCUGCACAUCCUUCCUUGUUUUGGGUGUUUUCCAUUCCAGCACCGCCUGGACCUUGCCGGGAUCCAUGGCCAAUCCCUUGUCUGACAGGCGAUACCCCAGGAAUUCCACCUCCUUGGUAUGAAACUGACACUUCUCCAGUUUCACCCACAGCUGGUUGGCUUGCAGCCUGCUCAACACUUCUCUGACGUCUCUCACAUGCUGCUCCUCAUUCUCAGAAUACACCAACACGUCGUCUAAAAAGGCCACACAAUUCUUGUAAAGCAAAGGCCCCAGGACGUGGUUCAUAAACGAUUGAAAGGUUGCGGAGCCUGCUUGUAGGCCGAAGGGCAUAACCAAAUAUUCAAAUGCCCCUAAAGGGGUGAACAUGGUGGUUUUCCAUUCAUCCCCCUUCCUUAUUCGUACCAGGUUGUACGCCCCCCUUAGGUCCAGCUUUGUGAAAAUCUUUCCCUUCCGCACCCUUGUCAAAAUGUCGUCAAUCCUGGGCAUAGGGAAGGCCACUGGUUCUGACACUGCAUUUAAGGCCCUGAAGUCACACACCAGCCUCGGCUUGUUCGUGUUUUUAUCCACAAAAACACUGGGCUGCCCCCACCGCCCUGGACUCUCUGAUGAACCCUCUCUUCAGGUUCUUGUCAAUGAACUCUCUUAGCUCCUGCAUCUCUCUGUCUGACAUGGCGUACAGCUUGCCUACAGGGAGCUGUGCCCCAGGGAGUAAAUUGAUUUGACAGUCAAAGGGUCUAUGCGGGGGUAGUUGGUCAGCUUCCCUUUCGCUGAAGACGUCACGGAGAUCUGCAUAUUGUCGUGGUACCUUCACGUUCUCCGUUACUUCAGUCCCUGCUAGGGUGGCUUGGGCCCCUGCCAAACCCUUUCCCUCUUUGCAGUGUUCUAAGCAAUGUGCUGAACCAAAAGAAACCACUCUCUGAUGCCAGCCCACCAGCGGAUCAUGUAACGCUAGCCAGCUCAUCCCCAAUAUAAUGGGAGCUCCUCCCAAGGUGGCCACAUUAAAAGCUAUCAGUUCGGUGUGCCUUGCUACCUUCAUUAUCAUUGGGACGGUCUGCAAGCUGACUUCUCCUCCCAACAGCUCCCUGCCAUCGAUCGUGGUCCCCUCGAGGGGUGUGCUUAAAGGGAUCGUCUGUAUCUGGUGUUCAGCUGCAAACUCUUUGCUCAUGAAAUUGCAGGAGCUGCCUGAGUCCAACAGCGCCUUUAUCUUUAGAGGGUGUCCGUUUGGCAGCUCUAGCGUCACUUCUAUCACUAGGGCGGGUUUAGGAGGUUCUGGCGUGGGCACUCUCACUGCUCUUUGGCCUGGCUGCUGUGCCCCGACAGUGGCAGCCAGGCGUUGGCUUUACUUGCUCCGGUAUUUCUUCCUCUCUUCCCUCCACAGCUCCUACCAUCCCUUGCCAUUCCUUCCUCUGGGGGCAGACUCUGGCAAAGUGACCUGGCUGUUGGCAGAGAUAGCAUUUCCGGGCGCCUUUUCCCUCCUUCUUUCCCCCUCACUGGGCUUUGAAACUGCGCGCGCGCGCUGCUGUUCCGAUUUCCAUCGGCUCUGCCGGCGGGAAAGUUGGCUCUGGAAUGUCUGGAAUGCGGAACUCCUUCCAACGUUCCCCUUUCCCUUCCCGCCUCUCCAAUGCUCUCGCCUCCUGGCGCGCUCCUAUGGUCAGCGCUGAUUUGGUCAGCUGGUCCAUAGACUCCGCCCUGGGCGCCCGGGAAAGUUCGUCUUUCACAGCCGAAGAAAGCCCUUCUUCAAAGAGCAUUUGAAUGGGUUCCGCCGAUAAGUCCCACCCCAAUCUGUGAACCAGCAUGGUGAACUCAGUCCAGUACUCACGGACAGAUCGGCUCCCCUGUUUGCAAGCCAUUAACUGUCUGCGCACCACUCCCUGUUCAAUAUCGCUGGAAAACAUCAGAUCCAUGGCGCGAAAGAACUUCAUCGUGUCCUUUAGGACGUCACUAUUCGCUGCCAUCAGGGGUCUAACCCAGUCUUUCGCCCCCUUUUCAAGAUGCCCAAUCACGAAAGCCACUCGUGAUUCCUCGUCAGGGAUUCAUCAAACUGCAGAUUGAGGGCAUAUUGCAUCUCUGUCCGAAAGCCAUGAUAGUCUUUGGGCUCCCCCCCAAACUUCUGCACCAAUCCUGGUACCUUUCUGGCGAGCUGGGUGGCUUUCCCCCUUUUGUCUGCAUCCUGAGCCCUCCUCUCCUCAAGCCUCGCCGUCUGCAGCGCUAGCUGGACCUCCAACACCCGGUACCUUUCUUCCAGGCUUGGACCCGCUCCAGCUCCUGCUUCUCCGGUUCCGGCUGGGUUGCUCAUGAUGCCUUCUCCUGCACAAGCUGCUUUCAAAGACUGUCGGAAUGCUGUGAUGGGAUGAUGAGCUGCUUGUGCGUAAAAUAGUAUCCCCUCAGAGUUUGUUCAAGUCCACAAACCUCUGUCUGUGACGGAGCCCUUCAGACAUGGCUCCUCUAGUCACUAGCAGAUUCCGACAGUGGUUGCUUUCGUAAUCGCUUCCAACAUAAAAGCUCCUUAACGGAAACACGUCUUCUGGACCCUCUGCGUGUCAGUUUCCGGCGAGGAGUGGGUGUCCCUACAGGAGGUCCUGAAACCUCCCCACUGUUUUCGCUGGAAGUGUCUCUGAGCCAUCCCUCCAGCUCACUUUCCCUCCGCUCAGCUCCUCUCCCCUACUGGUUCCCUCUUCAGCUGCUGAGUCUCUCCCAACCUGUGUGAGCCCUUUCACCUCCCUUCCGUCUUCAGCUGCUGAGUCUCUCCCAACCUGUGUGAGCCCUUUCACCUCCCUUCCGUCCGAUGGCAGUUCCCUGACAUAUAGCAAUCGACCCAAGCUCUCUAUUUGACAGCAGCUCCUCUCUUCUUUUCCUUCUUCUUCAAACUUAUGCUAUUUGCUAGAAUGGGUGCAGAUAGAUAGUGAUUUUUCCACAUUCAUCCAAUGGUUUUAAUAUACUUUACAUUCGGGGAGUCAUUUCCACAUUACCGUAUCCACCAGGUUACACGGGAAUAUUCUGUGUUGCACACACGGUUUGCAUGCAACACCAUCUUAAGCCUCACCUGAACCAAGAAUGUGACCAAUAGCACAUCCAACAUUGCAGGAGAAAAUGAGUAGUGAUGGACAAGCUAUAAUUUGGAGAAGCAAAGCACCAUUACUGAUGUUCUCGCUGAGGAACCCCAGCAAGUUUUUCAGAAUGCAAUUUGCAAACCGCUGCAUCCUAGUUGAUUCUUUUUUAAGUUUGCAAAAGGAUUCAAAAACAGUCAAUGCACCUUGCAUUUUCCCUCCAAACAUAACCUUUAAAAACCACACUGACAUAUUACGGAGCAUUAUAUUUGACAUCUUUGUUUAAAAUGGUUGUUUAAUUUUUAUUAGAGAAGAUCCCUCCCUCUUAAAGGGGCUGUUUAAAAACUAGACAAAAAUUCCAUGUGCAUGUCUCCACACAUGGGUUGCUUUGGAGAGGGGCCAGUGUCACCAUGCAAUAACUUUGAUAAUUUGUGUUGCCAUGGUAGUAGUUUUAUAUGAAAAAAUAGAAUUAAGUAAUUGUGCGCUGCUCAGCAGGCACAACUGCACUGCAAAAGGCAAAUUUGGCAGCUACUUCAUUGGUCUGUUUUGUUUUUUUCUUUUAAAACAUUUACCUUUAUAAGUUUAGCCUGUUGCUUAAUUCUUCCUGGUUUUAUAUUCUUUUUCACAACCUCAACUUACUCAAUUCUCUCUCUUUUUGGCUUGGACACCCAGGGCAGGGGUGAGCGGAGCAAUGCAGGAGUCCAGUCUGCUAAUAAAGUGGAGUAGGAGAGUCAUAAGGAAACAAGCCAAUGAAACAUUUUCUUUUAUAGAAUGAGAUCAUAAUUCAGUAUGAGCAAAUGAGAGAACCAACCUACUUUGAGGAUCCCAUGAGAUAUAUAAUUAUCACAAAAGCGUUACAGCUCGCAAUUUAUAUGAAGCCAGAGUUUUGUCCAAUCAAAGUUUCCCUAAAUAUAAGACUUGUUAUAAAUGCUCAGUGUGGUUGCCACCUCUUCUGUGGUUGCUUCCACAUGGGUAGAGAGCCACGCAAAAGGUUCUGCUCCUGCGGCUCCUCUAAUCACACAUUUAGCCUGCUGUACAAGUAAUGCAUCUUCCAGGGCAUCAUAUGCCACAUUAACUGUUGGAUGAAACUGGGAGAAGAUAAGAAGCUGCCACAUGGCAAGUCUGUGCUGAUUGACAGCAUCUCUCCAGGAAUUUCAGACAGAAAUAUUUCCUAGUCUUCCUUGUAGUUGCCAGGAACUAAAACAAAGACCUUCCUCAAGCAACGCAUGUGCUCUUCCACUGAAGUAUGACCCUCUCACUAGUUAAGGUACUUCAUAAGUUAGCAGAAAGGAGCAGUAUGUAGGCUGGGAGAACCCACACAACACCACCGGACCAAGACAAUUUUCUGUCUGAGGGCAAGACCAGCUGCACUUCAUGCACAAGGGCCAACUUGACUAGCAGUUGACACUUACUUCAACAUUGAGAAUACAACUGUUUCCUUCCAAACAUCUAAGGGCAAUAAAGAGUUCUUCAACAGAGGGGAACAGGAAGAGCAGCUGGGGGCUACCACUAUUGCCCUGUCCCCACAAAUCUGCCACCCUCACUCAUCCUGAUGGUAUGGCUUGUUAGAAUUCCUGCUCCAUGAUUGCAGUCAUGGGAUUGUUAUCUGUCACAUGAUGAUGUAUGUUUUGACUCCACAGAGUGGGAAGUGACGGAGACAGGAUGUUUGUGUUACUGUGUUUCGUGAAGUGGGACUAUUGUCCUUUGUUUUUUCUCUUUGCUGUCUGAUGCUAGAAAGAGAGGGAGCCAUGUUGCAGUGCUCCGUGUGUGUUUAUAUGUAAAUAAAGUAGAUUAGCCAAAAUGCUGAGUUGCUAAAUUCUGUUACACAAACUGCGAACACUCUGCGGAUCCCUAAGUGUGCCGACGCCUGUUGGCAUCGGUUGCUGUGAUGUUCGGGCUGAAGGAAGCUUUUGAAGCUCCCGAACGAAUGACCAGGAGGGAGAGAACAUGCCAGUCGGGCAUGUGUCUGUGUGUCUGCCAGGGUCCUACUUGAGAGUAGGACAAGCUCCUGACAUGGCUAUCUCCUCUCCACUAACUCUGCCUUCAGUAUUGUUUUUUUUUUUUAAAAAUUUUUUUGGCAUUAUUAACAAUGUCAAUUAUUACUUGGAAUUUUGUAGUAGAUGUGUGAUCUCAGAUAGGGAAUUCCUGCUGGGCUACUGCUUAGCUCCCCAUUAUGAGAUGGGCCUGAAGUGAUAACUAUGUGAGGAUGGAAGGAAAGGGGGGGGGGAGUUCUGUAUCUUUCACGGUGGUGUAGAAUUGGGAUUUUGGCAGCUUUAGCAUUUUUCACCCUAGCACAAUCAAUUGUGCCUGGUAAAAUACUUGCUCUUUUGUACAACUAUUACUUUUCAGGGACUCCUCCCCCAACUCCCUUGUACAACUUGCAAUAAGGAAACAAACAGUCUGAAGAUCCCAAAUUCAUUAGUUGACUUGGUAUAUGACAGCCUCUUAGAUUGCUUCCUCUACCAUCCAUGUACAUAGAGAGGGAUCUUGGUGCUGCAGAGUUACAAGAUGGCUAGUUUCUUCUCCCAUCCCCAUUUCUCCCCGCCCCCGUGCAUGCCCCCCAUCUCAUUUAGCUCACUUCCUCCACUCCAUUAAAGUUUGGAGCUUGUAUUCCUUGAUGAAGUGCAGCAUAUUCCCACAAUAGCCUUGUGUGCUGAGUGCCCAUGUAUAUAUAGGGCUCUGUUAUUCCUUCUGGCGAUCCCUUCGUGUGUUGGUGUUUCACCCACACAUGGAAGGAUCAUGCCACAUGUAUUUUUCAACCUGGCUACCUCAAACUGUACUCAGCUCCCUGCAUACCCUUGAAGAAUGCAGCAAAUAGAGUAUUAAAAAUAAACCCUCCGGCUUCCAAACCUACUUUUCAGAACAAGGGGUGGCAAGAUGCCACCUGAGGGUUGGAAUGCCAUGUGGUAAGUUUUCUGAAAGAGAGAAAAUAAGAAAGCAAAACUAAAUGUUCUUGUUUAGAAUCUGGGUCUCUUAAUUUUUAUGAACAAGUUUCCUAACCAAAUGGUCCAGGUAUUAGAUUUGAAUUGUUUUUGUAAAGCAACUUUAUUCCCAGUUUGUGUUGCAUUUGGCAGCCAAUUGCUGGAGAGAAGCAGUUUUCAGCAGUUUAAUAGAGACUUCUUGCCUGUAAAAUUGGAUUGAUCCUAGAGCAUACUCUAGUAUUUUGACUAAUUUGUGUAUUUUAAUAGCUGUGCCUGUUUGGAACUCUAGCCUUAAUGGUUUACCUUUACAGUUAUAUUUGCUGACAUAUUAACUUACUGAUGUAUCAGCACGCCUGUCCUUUGCACCAUUGCAUUAUAUGGCUGCAAUCUGGCAAUCCAAUGUACUUUCUCAAGUUUAUAUGUCAGUAGUGGAUGGGAGUCCCGUUUUCUGCCCGAGAGUGUUCUUUCUGUGCCACCCCUGUUUUAUCACCAAAGAGGAUGCAGCUUGCGAAGAGUUCCAUGGCAUCAGAGAACCUCAUGGGUGCCAUGGAGUCGCUGGAUGAAGGUGCAUGUCUUUUGGGAAAACUUUAAUCAGAAAAUUGUAUUCACGUUUUCCAAUAAAUCUUGGUAAAUUGAGGUUCUUUAAAUGUAUGUUCUAUCUCAAAAGUGCAUCAGAGGUUUUUGGGCAGCCUUUCACUUAGAUGUGCAGAUAAUGACCAGGCAAUGAACUUGUGUCACCCAAUAUUUUUUUAUACUCCUGUAAAUGAAAGUUGAUUAAGGGCUCAUGAGAAUUGGCCAUUUGGCUACUGUGAUACUCUUGAAACCUUAAAAUAAAAUGAUUCAAACGCACUCUUAUGUGAGAACUGUUUGGAAACUGAAAUUGGUUUAAGAAUGUGAGACUUGGCCUCUCCCAACCCUACUUUGCCCUUAUAAUCUCUUCAUCCAACCCCAGUAAACCCUACUGGAGAGGUCCCAUGGGGAGAAGUUGAUGGGGCUCACUCCAAGGGCAGAUUCCACCCCACAUGCACUCCUCACCUCAAUCCCCAAAUUUCCCCCUGUAGCCUCUUUACAUCCCCCCCGAGGGACUGAGUGCAGCAGCUCUGAUCCACGAGAUCCCAGACGAGGGUAGUGUGCUUGAAGAGAGGCUGGGGAUGGAGAAGAGUGCUUGGGAGGGGAGCAGUCUACUCCAGCUUGGAUCAAAAUCUGAAUUAGGGAAGAGUUUUUGAGGUUGGUUUUAUUGAGCCCCUGAAAUUUCUUUCAGAGCCUGCACCUUUAAUGCAUGGUAUGCUAGAUUAAGUGAUUGAGUUGGUAAUUCCUAGUGUUCAUUGUCUGAUAAACAUCUACUAAAAUGCAAGACUAUUACUAUUAUAGCAGUGCAUAUUAUAGCCAUUCUUUCCUAUCUAUCUAAUCCCAUUGGUCCUUCUAGAGAUAUGGAAUGUAACAUUUAUCAGUUCCAUAGAGUUCUGAGUACAGUUCGGGAGAACUUCUUGGACUGUGCCUUGGUAGUAGAUUUGCCACAGCCAGUUAAGCCAGUAAUAAACUGGCAGUGAAGUGAAAAGUAUAUCUCAGAAAAAGUACUAUGUAGCAUGAAUAUUUGGUGGUACAAAUACUGUUCCACCAUGCUGACCCAACAUCUAGAGGACACAAGGUUCUACUAGGCCCAGAGAUGUACCUGAGCUCCCUUGCGCCCUUGGCAAAGAGAUGUGGCUAGCCAGAGCAACAGGAGAACAUCCCAGGGAGCCUGCCGAUGGGCAGGUGAGCUUCAAGCCACCUGGAACCAUAGUGGAGAGGUACAAUUUUUGUGUCUCCCUUGGCCUUUGCCCUUGGCAGGGGCCAACCUGGCCAAUCCCUGGGUACGCCCCUGACUAGGCCCUUCAGACACGUAGUUUGGUCUCCAUGUGUGUUGCUGUGGGAAAACAAGUAGCACACCACAGCAAAAUGGGUCAUGGUAAUCCAUGGCUAACAAAAGCAAUGGCAAACUGGGUAGUGAUGAUCCACAAAAAUGACUGUCUGCGAGUUCCCGAAUCAAUUCCUGUUAUUUCAGAAUGCCUUCAUAAAGCCUUAACAGCAUAGUGUAUCAGAAUGGGUUGGCAAAGGCAGCCUAUAUUCAACAAAAGACAGAUGUUUGAAAUAAAACUUGCAAGUCUUUGUGUAUGUCAUAUUUAAAUAGUUGAUGGUGGGAUUUAGUCCAGCUCUUCAUUUUGCUUGCUGGCUGCUCUUUGGAUCUGGCUUUGGGAAGCUUCUGAGCCUGUGCUGAUGACUGUGCUGACAUUCGGACAUGGCAUUCCAAGUUUCUGUCUUUUGUCCUAGUCAGUCUCGGCUCCUGGUGGGGCACUGAGCCAAAGCCACAUGCUGUCUUCAACACACAUUUCUGGAUAGGCAUGGCUUUCUAGUUGCCAAAUCCCAAGCCCUCUAGUAUAACAUCUUCAUUGUUUGAUUAUAUAAGGACAGCAUGUGGGUCAAGGUUGUGGUUUCAUUGCCCAUCCUUCCAAAUGUCUGACUCAUGUACAAAAUGUGUCCCCCCCCCCCCAAUCUUAGACCAAGCAUGGAAAAGCUGCAUCCCUGUUUUGGUGACAAAUGUCCGCCAGUGAAAUAAUCUAGACUAGGUCAUGAUGACCUUAGUUGUGGCAUUGUGGCUUUCCAGGACAGUGGGAUCAUAGCUUGCUCUGUAACUUUUUGCAUGUACAUAGUCAACAUUUUUUGUUACCAUUCUGUGUAAGAAAACAGCAGAUAUAAAUGUCCUGAUGGUGACUUUUGAGUUCAGAAAAGAACUAGUUUAUAUUCUCCUGGAAUAUAAAUGAAAUAUAUAUAAUGGAAGCAGCUCUUGCGUUUGCUGAAAGGCAUGUCUAGAUACAAUCCACUGUAUUCAGUAAUAAGUUCCAAAACUGUGGACCUGCUUCUUUGAGCACUUACACCCUUGAUAUUCAACUGACCUUCUGAUUUUCUUUCCACUAUAGAUUUAUGCCUACAUCUUUGAAAACAUCAAGUCCAUUCAGUUGGAAGCUUUGCUGCUCUCUGUGCUGAGCAUUGUGAUUCUCGUUCUUGUUAAAGAACUGAACGAAAAGUUUAAAGGGAAAAUCAAGGUGGUUCUUCCUAUUGAUUUGGUUUUGGUAAGUAUAAACACAAGCACUGUUUUGCACUUCUCAAUCUGCUGCAGCCGGUGGUGCUCAUUGUUAAUGCAAUGCAGGGAAAAUAUUUAUGGUUUUGCCAUUUAGAUAAUGGUGUGACCAGUUUAGAUAAAUUCAGGUGUACUGUUUCUCGGAAAAGUUUGAUAGAAGUAUAAUAUUAAAUAAAUACCGCACAAAGGAAAAUGGCAACUGACUGGCUUCAGUUGUGAGGUUUAAAAACAUUGUUUGGGCUCGUUAAUUGUAGUCAUGCAACCUUCUGGUGUCUCAGCUAUGAUGUUUAGUUUUUGUAAUGCCCAGCUGUUUUUCAAAAUGGUGUUGUAAUGAGGUAUAUUGGCCUACUGUCUUUAUAGUAAAGAAUUCUGGGAUUGUGCUUUGUAACUUCAUACUGUGGCUCUGAUGCAAAGAAGCCUUACAGGUGUGGGAGCUUGAUUCAAGAUCUCAACCCCCCCCAAACCCCUCCAUUAAUCUCAAUGGAUGAGGCCUCAUUAGCACACCUUAAUGUGAGCUGAUUGGGUAUUUCUGUAUUAAUAGGGUCUGCUUAUAGAUACAUAAAUGCCUUGUGUGCAUAGGAGUACACAUUUAGGACUCUGAAUCUAGAUGUGUACAUGUGCCAGCUGAAAACAUAUAGGGCAGGGGUGAGGAACCCCCGGUCUGGGGGCCAAGUUGGGCACUCCAGGCCUCUCUAUCUGCCCUUGGAGUUCUCCCCAGGCCACACCUUACUGGCCCUGCUUUGCACCCCAAAUGCCGUUGCCCGACUGAAAUGUGUCCUUGGAUGCUGAUAAUCUUCUUACUUAUCUGGAUGGAGGAUAGAGAGGUAUGUUUGAAGGGUGCUCCUCACCUUCAUUUCAAUAUACCUGAGAUGUGUGGGAACACACGCUCUCUUAAUGUAGGGAAAUUGCAUCCCCUUCCUUUUCAAUACACUCCAUGCUUCUCAACUGUUAAUUCAAUGUAAUAACCGUAGAUAAAAUGAGGGUGUGUAGAAGAGCCAAUAUUCACAUAGCUUCUGUAUAGCUAUAUGCUAUCAUGUAAACCCAACUAUACGUGAACAUAGGCAAUCCCCAUCUGAGAAGAAGCUGACCCAAUGGUCUCAUCUCUGUAACUUAACAAUAUUGCUUCUAUUCCAUUGGUUCCAGUCAUAUUGUUCUCUGAAGAAGUGAGCCCAGUGCCAAAAGAAACAUAAAGAUUUCUUUAAAAAGUGUGAAAUGUUUAUUGCCUUCCUCCUCUAAGUCUUUGUUGUUGCUUGACCAAUAGAUAGUUGCUACCUCUGCUGCCUGCUACUAUGCUGAUAUGAAGCACAGCUAUGGCAUGGAAGUUGUGGGACAUAUUCCAGAAGGGUAACGUGUUCUUUAUAUGCUUGUAUGUAUUGAUACAUAAAUAUGUAUAUUCGGUAUGUUUUGCAUUUUUGCAUUUUAAAAUCAUUAUUUGCAUACCCUCAUCCCGUGCAAUAAAAUGGUCAGCAGCUGAAAAAUGAAAAUGAAACCAUGAAUUCUGCCUUAAUAAGGAUGAUAAGAACAGAGUUGAUUUUCAGAAGGCUGAUUUACUGAAUAGGGAACCUAUGUAGAACCAGACAUCAGAUACUGGGGAUCUGUGGGUCGUAUCCAACGAAGCACCAAGUUAAAAUCGUUUAGCACUAUAUUCUUGUUCUGCUGGUGAAAUGUUUUGCACCAGCGGAAUGUAGCUGCAUAAGAUAAUGCACAAGCAGGUUGCUGGUAACUUUUUUGCACAACAGGUUAUGGAAUCUGUUGCACAACAAGCUUCUGCUAGCGCAACUGUUAUAUUGGAGUCCUGUGUUGCACAACAUUAAACUCAUCCACUUGCUAGCAGACUGAGAACACUGUGUAGGUAAUGUAGGUCCAGUUCUUCUGAUGAAUAUGAAUGCUGCUUUAUUUUGUAGAAUAAGAACCACAAGUCCUUUGCUGUCUGAUUCUGUCCCCUAUUUCUUUCUAAAGCUGCUACUGAAGACUAAAUUGACACAUCUAUUUUUAUGUUGACUGGUUUUUACAAACUGAAUGUCCAGCCUCUUUUUAUGCCUGGGCUUGUGGGACUACAUGUAGUCAUUUUUCAGAUGAUCGAAAUCCGGAAAUACUAAACUUGUGGAUUUAAAGAGGGAAAGGGUGUCUGUGGUCCUAGCAGCAACCUCCAUAGGCAGCCACACCUUUGAAAUCAGAGGUUAAGUAUUCAAGUUGUAUGAACUUAAGCUCUCACCAUGUGAUUUGGGGAUCCUACCAAGGAGGCAACCUAUACACAUACAAUUUGCAUAUGCAUAUCUGUUCACAAACAAAUUGGCCAGUGCGGAGGUCCAGAAUAGUGGCCAUGAUGCCUCCUCCUGCUCACAUAUUUGAGAUUUUUGCUAACCCUCUGAAUAAGGGCUACAGCUGGUUGGCAUCAGUGCUUGUUUUCCAAGGGUACUCAAGGGCACGCAGCACUGGCACCAUUUUUUCUAGAAUAAAAGCACUGGUUAAAAGUGUGACACUUACUGAAACAACUUCAUGGCGAGUAAAGGCACCUUUCCCCCCCUGGAGGAAAUGCACUGAUUGUAUUUAUGUGAAAUGUAGAGAUAUUGAGAAGAAGCUUUGAUAAGCUAUCUGAGGCAAAGACCUUCAAUAUGUAUCAUUUCAGUACAUCAGUGCAGCUUUGUUAAAUAACAGCAAGCCAGACAGCACAUUUUGGUAUUUGGUAGACUUUGUAGCACUGAAGAAUGCAAAUCCUUCCUAAAAAUGACCCUUCUCAAACUAAACUUAAAAUUGAAAAGCUGGAAUAGACUGUGAUUUUGUGGCUAUAAAAUGAGGAAAUUCCAUCAGAACUGAGAUUUCUGUGCCUACCUUGAAUUAAUGGGAACUUUUCAGUUCACAGUUUUGAUUUGAUACUGGCACAUUUGCCUUCUAAUGCAUAACACCCUCCACCACAUAGGAUUGUCCUUACUUUUACAGCAUACCACUGCCAAGGUCUCCACCCAUGAAUAUCCUCCCUGAAGUCAUCACAGAGGCAUUUGGAGUAGCAUUGGUUGGUUAUGUAGCUUCACUAGCCCUCGCCCAGGCCUCUGCUAAGAAGUUCAACUACUCUGUGGAUGAUAACCAGGUAAACGUUUGUACACUGUUUUCUGCUGAUGAAACUUUGGUGAACAUGCUAUAAGUAGAAACCUACCAGGAUCAUGACAUGCUUUCCGUGGUCUUACAAUUAGUCUUAAGGUAUAAUUGAGAAAGAAUUCGGUAUAAUUGAGAAAGUUGGUUCAAACUAUGACAUUUUUUUCCAAACUAGGUUCUUGGGUUAUGCUAGGCAUGCCAGGAAGCCUAUAAACCCUGCUGCAGUGAUGACCUUAUUUCCACACAGCUAGUGACUUUACACCUUACCAUGUCCCUCCUGCCAUCUCCACCCACUCUGGAUAAACUGUUGUGCUUUCUGUAGGCCACAGAGAUAGGCCAAUGUCCAUUCUCAAGACCUUCAGCUCCAAAGUCAUGCGAAUUUACAAUAUUAUAUUAAAGGGCUAUUGAUCACCCUUGCAUUGUUUGGUAUCCCAAGGGAACCUCUAAACUACCAGUGAAGAAACCAUAAGGGUAUGCAGGCAUUGGGAGGGAGGGGAAGGAUUUGUAAAAUUAUUGAUUUAGAAUGUUUCCCAGCUUUUGGCAAAAUGUUCUCAAAGUCAUUUGCAGAGCAAAAAGUAGCUUGCAAACAGAUUUAAGCAAAUUCGCUUACAAUCUGAGCAUGUGUGGGCUUUUCCAUGUAGAUCUUCCACUGCUGAACAAGAGAACAGACUUCCUCACUUUACACUGGAUCGUUAUGCAGGUUCUGGUUUUGGAAAGCAACCCCCACCUCGAAUUUGUCAGAUGCUCCUAUGACCCUAAGAUUAAGUGUCUCAAGCUCUGCCCACUGAGCCCACAAUAGCAAAUUCGGAAAUGGGUCAGAUAAUAUCCAGGCCAGGGGGAUAGGGCUGCUUCUGCAGUUCUUUUGUUUUAGUAGUAGUGGAUAGAAGACAGUGGAUAGAGAGCAUUUCCUUUUUCUCCUUCUUCUGCAACGCUUGAGCUUGGGUGGGUCACCCAGUGAGACUGAUGGGCAGUGAGCUUAGAACAGGCAAAACAAUUUAUUCACACAAUGCAUGAUUAACUUGCGCAAAUCACAGUAGCAGCUGGCAGGGUGUCAGGGCUCGUCUGACCUCCCAUCACCACUGUUGCUGCAGUUUGCCAGGAGAGAGACAGAGAAAGGUGCGGUGGCCGUGAGGGUGGUGCAGUGCAAGCCAGCCAACCAGUGAGGCCAAUCUGGCUUUCCUACUGGUAUGUUUGCACUACACCAACCUAGCAGCUACUGUCCCUUCCUGGUAGCCCACAGUAAUUGUAGGAAUGAGAGGCCAGUUAAGCGUGGCCCCAGUGAAGGCCGCUGGUUUACACAGCUUUAAAAGGGGAUUAGACAAAGAAAUUCAUGAAGGGCAGGCCUAUCAUUGGCUAUUAACACAGCUAUAUGGAACCUCCAAGUGCAGAGGGAAUGUGCCAAGGAAUACCAGUUGCCAAGGGUGUUGCCUUUAAUCCCUGUUGGUGGGCUUCACAGAAGCAUAUGGUGGGCCACUGUUGGGAUACAGGAUGCUUGUUGAGAUGAUCCAAUCUAGCAGGACUCUACUUUGGUUCUUAUGCUCUUUCCCCCCAAAAUUUCCAGGAGUUCUUGGCUCAUGGCCUCAGCAAUGUGAUCCCAUCCUUUUUCUUCUGCAUACCCAGCGCAGCAGCCAUGGGCCGUACUGCUCUCCUAUUCAGCACUGGAGCAAAAACACAGGUAACUCUAUUUAUGUUGUCAGGGCAGAAUAGAAAUAUUGGCUGUUGUACUCGCAUCUCCUGCACUGCAGUGUAAUUAGUGCUGAAAAUGAGGUGUGAGAGCCUUUGUAACCAUUCAAGGGAAUGUUGUAGGCACAGGUGCCUGCUAUAUUGGCAGAAGAAAAGGGAAAGGAAGCAAGCUUAACUCUCCUAAGAUGCUUCAGAAAAGUAAUACCAACCAAUCAAAUACAGGGGCAAUGAUCCUAGAAUGAAAAUAUAUUAAGAGCUGCCUACACUGAACUGAUGCAAUGGAUUGUCUAGGUCAAUCUUGCCUUCCCUUACCUGAUGGCCUCCAGAUAUUUUGUACUGCAACUCCUAUAAUAUCUUAUCAUUGUCUGUGCUGGUGUGGGCUGAUGGGAGUUUAUGGGAUACCAGGCUGGGGAAGGCUGCCCUAUCCUAACCAGCAGCAGGUCUCCUGGCAAAAAGUCUCUCCCAGCUCUUCUGCCUUUGACCCUCUAAGUGAAGAUACCAGCGGAUGAACCUGGGAUCUUCACCUUACCUUUAGCACAUGUUCUUUUCUACAGGUCUACAUUUCCCAAUGGAAGAAAGAGUAAUGUUUAAACUAUCUUACAAUACCUAGCAAAGAUAUAAAUAUAACCUUAAGGUUAACAGUCAGAGUGUUGGUUUCACCUUAAGAAAAUCAGACUAAUAACUGCUGGGCAGUAAGAGCCUGCCUCCAAUUGUAUUGAUUGUCUCUGCCUACAGUCCACAAGAAGUCUUGUGGUGCUUUGAAACCCUAACCGUUUUUAUUAUGGAAUAAGCUUUUGUGGACUUGAGUCCGUUUCAUCAGAUGCAUGGUGUAAUCUUCAGUUGCAGGUGUAUGAUACAUAGGGGAUAAUGGGAUUUGUAAGGAGUGACAUCAGACGAAAAUGAAAUGCAAAAAGUAGCCAUUCAGUUAGAACAUGUGUGGAAUAAGUGCUGUGAUCCCUUCAAACAGCAGUAAAAGGUGAUAAAACAGCCUGCCCACACUACCAAACUGGAAGUUUCUGAAGCGAGGUUGUCAUGUUCUGUGGGGGAAGGGAAAUAGUACUUGCCCUUUCCUGAGACACUGUCUGUGCUCAUUUCGAAAGUAUCUCUAGACCCAAGCAGCUGAUGUCUUCCUUCUUUUGAUGAAGGCCAAAGAAAACCAAACCAAAACUCUUACCCAUUUGUACCGACCAGCGAAUGCUUUGAUACGUAAGGGCGUAUGAUCAACCACUGGAGCUAUCCAUAGAAAAUAUCAACGGAGACAAAAGCAAAUGACAAUAGUGAUUUUAGAGGCUAGACACAGACACUAAACACACACACAAAAGUCCCUGACAAACCAAACAGUCCUUUGUUUUGGGAAACAAAACUGAUCUAUUACAUGCCUAUCUCAAGCCAAGUCUAGUCAUCAGACUGACAUAAAAUAAGCAAAGCAAAGCAACAAAUACAGGCAAAAAAAGUUCCCACCCAAUAAGAAUCACAGGUCCAAUCAGGAGAGUAAUACGUACAAAAUAGAGAAUAUUUAAAAAUCAUGCAGGUCAUGGUAUGGCUAAGAAACAGAUCCAAUCACUCCCCACAAAUUGGUCUCCACUCAAACAAAUCCUGCGGCAAUUCACCAUUAGACUGGAACAACGUCUUAUGAGAGAUGUGUGGCUAUUGCUGAAAGUAGCUUCUCUGCACCUCUUCUCCUUCUCUUCCUCCCGUUGUGCACUAAAACGGAAUGAAUGACACAAUGGUACCAUGUUCCAAGUUUUUCUGCACUUGUGCCACUUUAUUAGUGCAGAAACUAGAGGUGUGGUGUCACACAUUCUCAUUUAUAUGCAAGAAAAGGAAGAGAUUGAGGUGGAUAGUUGGGAGCAUUGCUGUUUUUAGUGCCAGUCCUGCAUCUUUUGUAAUGUGUAAUUGCAGUAUUAGAUCCUUGAGGACAAAAUAAAGGCUUCUUAGAGAUCCCUCCAUGUAGAAUGGGGGGAAAAACUGCAUGGGCAACUUUCUUAAUGAAAUGCAAAAGAUUCAGAAAGAAACAGCAAUCCAUGCAUACUUGCUUGUUCUCCACUGCUGGAUGCUGGAGCCUUGUGUUCAAAUUCCCAGUGACUAGGUGACCUUCUGCCAGUUGCUCUCAGCCAAACUGGUUUCAUAGGAUUGUUGUGAAGAGAAGCCAGAAACGUAUGCCACUCUGAGAUCCUUAGAGGAAGUUGGGAUAAAUAAAGCAAUCAGGUUUGAGAGGAACUUGGGAGGAGACAAGUGAUGGAACAGAGUGCCUAAACAUUCCUCCAGCUACCACUUCCUUGCCACAAUUCCCCCCUAGGAGAAGCUGCCAACCAACAGGUAUGUGAAUGACACGUAGUCCCAUCCAAAAUCUCAUUGAAAUCAGCGUGACUUGGGUGUGGAUGAACUUCUUCGGAUUGCAACCAUUGUGUAAUAAAUGCAGGCACAAAAGUACAUUUUCCAGAAGCUCAGUGGUUUCUGCCUGCAUAUUUGAGAUCAAACAGUACCCCCCCCCACUUUUGUAUAUUGUGCAUAUUGGUAUUUGAUACAUGUAUUUGUUCUUUAGGUGGGCUAAGGGUAACCACAACAGGUCAAAUCUUAAAUUAUACUCAGAUGCUUCCAAUCUGCAGACCAUGUGAGAGCCAAAAUCCCCUUUCCUAGCUCCUAGAAUUUUUAUGUGUCUGCAGUGUUUUGUUAUGCUCAGCAACUUCGGCAAACCAAGCACUUUCAUUUCAUUUUAGACAUGCUUUAGAAUUUGAAUAAUAUGAUUAUUUAUGCUUCUCCUUUCCAAUUGUUUUUAGGUGGCUUGCCUAAUAUCUUGCAUAUUGGUGCUUGUGGUCAUCUAUGCAGUAGGACCAAUGCUAUACUGGCUGCCCAUGGUACAGUUCUUUUUUUAAUUACUAUUAUUUGCGAUCAUAUGAUUUUCAUAAACUAAACUAUUCUUUCUGAAAAUGACUGCACCGCCUUUCAUUAUGAUUCCAUGAUUAUUAAUGCUCUCAUAGAAGGGAGAGAACACACCAGUUUCAUGUGCCAAGAACAAAUAGGGAGUGGGGAGUCUUUCUUUCUGUUUUGCUUGGAUAUGAACUGGGUUGCCUGUUUUCGAUGGAACGUAUUGCAGAAGUUUUGAAUCUUUGCACCUAGUGUAUAAUUUUGCACUAGGUCAUAGGACUGGAGCCAGGGCUUCUAGCAUGAGAAAGGGGAAAAACCCUUAUUCUCCACGCAAGGAAAGAGGCCUUUCUACUGUCUGAAGAAAUGAAAGUGGCAUAUUCACUCACAGCCUGUUCUUGUCCCUGGUUAUUAUUUUUUGGAUUUUAAAAAUGCCUGGUAUUUCAAAGGCUCUUUGAAUUUAUCCUUCUAGUUGCCACCCAAAUGUAUCGUGCAUUGCAAUUUCAGAAUCCACAAAAGGCACGUGUAAGAUAUUUUGUCUUUGGCAUUAUUUAUAUUUGGAGGUGUUGAUAACUGUAGUGAAGAGGUGUCUUCAGGCUUCCUGGGAAUUUGCCAAUUAACUUGCCGAAAUCUAUUUCCCUGAAUGUUUGGGGGGAAAAUGCUGAAUUCACUUCUUGACAAAGGAUUCUUUCAUUGCAGUGCGUUCUAGCAAGUAUCAUUGUGGUGGGGCUGAAGGGGAUGCUGGUGCAGUUCCGUGACUUAAAAAAGUAUUGGAAUGUGGAUAAAAUAGACUGGGUAAGUGAAAUUGAAUCUAAGGAUUCCCCUCCUCCAGGCCUUUUAAUGCAUGGGAUAAUGUCCUAAAUGCCCCCAUUACCAAGUCUUCCCUUUUGUUGCUGUUCCUCAGCCAACUGUGUAGGAAUUUACUGAGAGGAAGGUCCAUUCUUUUACAUAUGAAUUAAAGUUUUGCCACUGUUUCUUUCCCUUACCCUUUCUUUUCCCUGCUAACAAAGCACUCUUCUCCUCUGUCAUGUGCUCUCAAGAAUCCGCCUUCUCAUUUGAUGUUCUAGGACCAGGAAAGGUCCUAGAACAAAUAAUUAAGUGGGGUUAAACAUGUUAUUUGACGAGCUGAUGAUGUGUUGAUUUCUAUUAGUCGCCUUACUUGUCUUUAUAAAAAUACUUUGCCAAAGUACUCUUUGUAUAUUCUGUAAUGUCUUUACCGAACUUUGUUCCUGUCUAUGAUUUUCCUUUAAAAGCUGGAAGAUAAAAAGAAAACCUGCUUCACUCUGUGUCAGGGUGGCAUAUUGACGUCCUUAUUAACAAGAGUUCUGACAGAGAGCCAUAACAAACCUCUGAAAGGGUAACUGACAGGUGGGGAUAUGGUUGUCUUGGCCAGCCUUUCCCAGGCAUUUGUGCCUUGUAUUAUGAUUGAAGUGAAGAUGUCCCAUUGCCAAAGGAGGAACCUUCUUGAAAUAAAUAUUGGUUUUAUACUUACAAUUGCAUUCUAGGUUGGAUGUUUAAAACUCCAUAAGACUCUCAGUGGAACAUCAAUAGAACAAGAAUGAAUUCAGGAAACAGAAACAGUUACAUAUGAUUCUUUGUCACAUGCCAAAUCUUAUUAUGUAGAAGCAAAUACGUCAGUUCUAAGGAGCUUGCGGUUUAGCCCUUGUGUGUUGAGAAACCUCUACUUGCCUGUAAUAGUUGCUAUGGUGUCUGGAGAGCCUUAUUACAGCCACUGCUAUUGCCACCUCUACUUGCUUACUUUUCUUCGACAGCAACAUAGGGACACUGCUGUGAGGGAUAGCAGGUCUUGUUUUGCCCAUUGGGACUGCCUCCCCCUGGGAAAACCCAUUCUUUACUGCUGAAUCGGAGCAAACCUCAGUUGGGUUUCCCAUGGAUUGACGUUUGCUCCGAUUCUGGGGUAAAGCGUGGGUUUUCCAAGGGAAAGUGGCAGGGCAAAUGGAAAACCGCUCAGACCCAUGCCUAGAGAGCACGGGACAAGCAGAAAACUGCUCAGAUCCUUGCUUUCUCAGCAUGGGAUAAGAGGAAGUGUGGACCCUAAGAAGGCAGGCAGGUGGGUAGCUCUUUGGCUGGCUGUAGCAGCUAUCAAGCCCGUAGUUGCUGCAUGCAGAUGGGCACUUCGAUGCAAGUGAGAUCAUUGGCCUUUUAGGAUUAGGGGUUUGGUUUGAGAACAGUGCUCUCUCAGAAAUGUUUUGGAGUUCAACACUCAUUGUUGAGAGAAGAUCUUCUUUGGGUGGUAAAAUUCUCCUUGGAUCCAAAGUAUUCCUCUCACCUCCUACCUUUGUUUCCUGCUCUUCAAGAUUUGUAUAAAGCAUUAUCCUGCCCUUUUCUGUCUUUUCCCCUUGCCUUCUCCUUGGAAUUCAGAGUCAUCGUUUUCAAAAGCAAGUGCUGAGCUAGCAGUUUUCCCAGGCUGUGUGCUUCAGUGCUAUUACAAAGAAACCAUUUCAUUCCAGACGAGAUUGUAAUUUCAGUUUGGCUAAUUUGUUCUAAGGGAUGUGAAUUGUGGUAUGAUUUAUGUAGCAACACAACCACUAUGGAAGGAACUUGAAAUAAUCAAAUUGCUUCAGCCAGGUACCAAUUAGUCAUCGGGGGAUAAUUUUCCAUCAUUUUGGCUUUCUUUACAACCAACAUGAUAGAGAUGAAAAAGACCUUUUCAUCAGUCUUCUUACAAAGCAACUCCCCAGUCCUGAAUCCACCCCCCCCCCCCGCUUCUGUUUUCUUCCCUGUACAUACAUAUGCAUUUUGCUGGUUUGGGUUUAAUGUUUUACUCGUUGUUCUCUUCUCAAUUUGCACUAUAAAUCUUACUUUUUGGGAGGAGCAAAACUUCAGCAUUGGACCAUGCUUGGAAAUAAUAAGCAAGAGAACAACAUUCAGUGAAAUUAAGAAGCAGCCAGAUCUUUUUACACAAAUGCAAAGAUGAACAGAUUUUAAUUUCAAAUUUUGUAAAAGGAAACCUUUUGCAAUCAUUCUCCCCCUUGCCCCCUCCACAUUUCAGCACUCUGGUUCAAACCAGUAGAAGUCAAUGAGAUAUCAGAAUGUUAUGAGAUUUCAGUGCUAGCACUGAAGCUGAAUAUAAAAUUACUAUUUUUUGGAUUAGAUUUUUAAGUUUGUAUAUGUGUAUAGACUUGAGAGUGAUUGCUCUGCUACAGAUUGUAGAUAUUUGCAGAAAUCCUUUGUGAAGUAGUGGUUACAGCAUGGGAUAGAGUUUCAACCAUGAAACUUUCUGGAUGAUCUCAGAUCAGUCACUAUCUCUUAGCAUAACCUACAUCAAAGGCUUUUUUAUAGAAAUAAAAUGGGGAACCUCUAUGAUCCUUGUAGGCAUGUUAAGAAAGAAAUGUGAUCAAUAAAAUAUAACACUUCUCUUUAAAAGUGUGUGUGAUACAGAUCCGCAAGCUUGGAGUCCUACCAUCUAGUGUCACCAUCUUGAUAAGUGUUUCAUAUCUUUAAAAAGUCACUCCCACUGAUGAUGUUCUCCAUACACUGCACCAGUGCACUUAAAUACACAGAUCUCUCACAAUGCUAUAACAGCCUCUGUAAACAGCAACAUGUAAAAUAGCUCACUAGGCUCGUUGUCAGGGCUUGAGAUCUUUUAGGCUAUAUUGCGUACCAAAUCCAACCAUUUAUUAGUCAUGGCUUCUUGGGCUAUCAAAGUGUAAUUGCAGGUGUGCAUUGCUUGACUUCUGUUGUAUCAUACAAGAAGCAUGGCUUUUGUUAUAUCAUACAGGAAGCACGAUACCACUGCAUGUGGUAGGAUACCGUAUUUUUCGCUCUAUAACACGCACCCGACCAUAACACGCACGUAGUUUUUAGAGGAGGAAAAUCCGUAGGCAUGCCACCCGUAGGCAUUCCCUCCAUAACACGCACAGACAUUUCCCCUUACUUUCUAGGAGGAAAAAAGUGAGUGUUAUGGUGCAAAAAAUACGGUAAAUCUGUAACUGUCCAUGGUACUGAUUUUCUUUAUUUUUUUCUCUUUCGCCCCUUGUCCUGCCACUGCUGUGGUCAUAUUGGUUUUGAAUGUUUCUCUAGUCCUUUGACCAGAGCCUAGGAAAAGCCUAUGCUGGCUCCUAGUAGUGUGACCAGUGCUGCUACAAUAAAUGUGUACUUAUUUAUCCCAAAAAAGAAAAAUAUUAUAGGGUGAUCCCUAUGGGGAAGGGAUAUUUUGGACAAAAAUCAGCUUGCAGGAAAAGCGUUAAUAACCUUUCUUCCCACACACAUUUUUGCUAAGUUUGUAUAACUAAUUCCUUUUUGUCUUCUGUUCUUUUCCUUACAGAGUAUAUGGGUUAGCACUUACAUAUUUACAAUUUGUUUUGCUGCUAAUGUGGGAUUGCUGUACGGCGUAGUCUGCACAAUACUUAUAGUGGUUUUCCGUUUCCCAAGGUGAGACAUUCCUACAGUGUUCUCAGAGGCAAACAAUUUUGUAUCCACAACAGUGAAAUAUAUCAUUCUAUUGCAUUUAGGGCAAAAAUACAUUACAAACUUACAUAGGUUAUAUGCCAGUUCAGCUGUCAUUCCUACCUCCAAGUAAUCAUGGGAAUUGUAGUCUAUUGAAGGUUCACAUUCCUAGCCCAUGUCACAGAAUGCUCAGAGUAUAGGCUAUGACUAUGCAGCCAAUUUCAGGAUUAAAAUAAGCAUGAUGUAAGGGGGAAAAGGGAUUCCAAAUCCUAUGCUUCCAUUGUAAAAUGAAUAUGGGGUCUGAGGAUGUUGUUAGCAGGAGCCAGCUGGUAGUUGGGGAUGGGUUAAUUCCUGUCUUCUGCUCAUUGAUGCUGCCUUGCAAAUGCAUCUGGAAAAACUGUCCAAUGUCUUUUUUUCGUGUGUACAUAUAGGUGAACGAAUCCUGUUAAUUUAACUAUUGAGCCCAGUGGCGUAGCGAGGGUUGCCAGCACCCGGGGCAGGGCAAGUGUUGCACCCCCCCCACCCCCAGUGAACUGGGCAGCUGGGGUGGGGGCUCACACUGGGGGAGGGCAUGUGUGGAGUCCAUGUGGAGGGUGAAUGGAACCUGCCUCCAACAGGCUGCUCGCCUGCUUCUUCCAUCCACCUGACCACUAGACGAACCUGCUUGCUGCCGCGCCUCAGCUGCCAGGGCUCAAAAAUGUGCACCUGGGGCCAUGCCCCGCCCCGGGCCCCCUCACACUAUGCUUCUGAUUGAGCCUGACUUUUUUUUUAAAGUAGGAGAGCAAGUAGCUAUAGAACCCUUUCUAUUUUAGCACCCAUUAACACACACAGGUUGUCCAGUGUAUGAAGUAAGUAAUUUGCAGAAUCUGGAACAUGUGAAUAGCCAGAUGCCACCUGGAAAAUGUUCACUUUUCAAAAGUUUGUUUUGGCAUCUACAGUCACACUGUGCAGUCUUAUAUAUGCUGCUUUCACAUAUCUGUUAUAGAGCAACGACUCUGAGCCUGAAACAUAUGAAAGAAGUGGAAUGCAGAUUCAAAACAGAAGCAGAUUCUGUAAGCCUAGUCUUCUUAUUCUCUCUUUAUUCAAAGGGAGUUAUAUUUCAGCAUGGGGAAUCCCUGUCCUCCUCCUCCUCCUCCUCUGUGUUUUGUCCUUGCUGGACAUGUGUCCAUUUCAACUUCCUUCCUCAGAGUGUAUGUGGAGACUGCCUGUACCUAUAGCAGCAGGGGAGGGGUGUAGCAGGAGGGACCUGAUCUUAUUCGUAUUGCACACAACCUAAUGAGAACCUGGCAUCAUCUUGGCAUUCAGGAGUCUAGGGUGCAGAAUGCUUUAAGCGGCAUUAAAAAAAUGUUGGGAGACAUUUCAGACUUCUCAGUUUCCAUACAUUUAUUUCCUGUCCACUGUGGGGCCUACUAGAAGGCUCAGCCUGAGGGAUGACUCCUGGUGCCACCAGAUUUUGCAGAGGAGCAUGGAAACCAAGUCUUUUGAGGAGUGGUUGAAAGAGCUGAGUAUGUUUCACCUGAAGGAAAGGUUAAGGGGAGGCAUGGCUGUCUUCAGAUAUCUGAAGGACUGCCAUGAAGAAGAUAUUGCUCCAGUGGGCAGAACAAGAACCAAAAGGCGGAAAAUUGCAGGAAAGCAGCGUUCACUUAAACAUGAGGAGAAACUUCUGCACACUGCCUGUGGGGUGGUAUGUGGUAGGCUUUCUCUUGGUCGAGGUAUUUUACUAGAGGCUGGGUAGCUGCAUUGUAGAUCUUGCCUUGCAUUGAGCAGGAAGUUCUUAGAGCUCAAAUGGCCUUUGCAACUCUCACGUCCAUUAGUCUAUUGUAAAGAAUGCUAUGUCUGUUGGUUAACAAGCAUUACUAUAUUUGCUAAACUGUUUUUAAUUUUAAUUCAAAGGAGUCCUUACAACCAGUAAAAAUUGUCUCGGUGAAUAACCCACUCGUCUUUCUGAAUGCUAAGAAGUUUCACAUGGACAUAUUAAAAAUAAUCCAGAAGGAAAGCACGUGUGCACAGCAGCUACCUGAAGACAUGAACAAGGUAAGGCAUGCUUCAUCAUGGAGAGAGGGUUGCUUGCGUUUCUUUCUGUACUUUCGGUUCACGUUUUCAUUCCACCCGCUCGCAUUACAGAGAGGAAAUUCAAACUGUACUGCAGAUUCAAAGCAUGGUGAUUGCACUUUGUGUUUUUUCCAAGAGGAAAUGACUCGGGGGUAGAGAACACACUUUAGAACAGAGAUAGCUGCUUUAUCCCCAGUAAGACUGUUGGCACAUCUAACUCAGCAGUCUACACUGACUGUCGGUGGCUCUUCAUAGGCUUUAUACAAGGAUUGGGUCCUGGGUCAUUCUCCAGGCAUUCUCUAUUACUGAGCUGUCAGGUUUGGUGUCUGGCAAAUCUAGUCAAAGGAAUUAAAAUAAGCAGAAUAAAACCCUUUCUUGCUUGAGACAUAAAUUUCUUAACUGGGAAACAGAAUCUGGAUCUUGCUUGGUAUUAUUCCCCCUAGAAAAGUUGGUUCCAGGACUCACCACAAAGUUGUUACAGUAAGUCACUGGGCGACUAAGGGCAGCCCUGAACAGAUGCCCCUUUUGACAACAGCUGCAUUCACCACCCACGGAGGUCUAAAAACUAUGGCAAGCUGUCUCCCUAACUGGUGUGGGAGUCUCCCCUGGUUCUGGUACAGCUCCCUAACUGGUGUGGGAGUCUCCCCUGGUUCUGGUACAGGUCAAAUAGAUGUGCCUCCACCUCCCUCAUUCUCUUAGUUUCAGGUAGAUGGCUAGGGCAGGUCAGAAGGGCCCUCACACAAACUUGGAGGUCUUUAAGCAGAGGCUUGACAACCAUAUGUCAGGAGUGCUCUGAUGGUGUUUCCUGCUUGGCAGGGGGUUGGACUCGAUGGCCCUUGUGGUCUCUUCCAACUCUAUGAUUCUAUUCUAUGAUUCUAUGUAUGUGUGCAACGGUGGAGGCUGGCUUGAAAGCUUAAAGCCUGCUGUAGCUACACAGGAGACGGGUUGAGGAAAAGGAAGGAGGACUUGGCCCCGCCAUCUAGCAGCUAGUAGCCAGGUGGAGUCAUAGAUCUAAAUAAAAGUGUAGACUCUCACACGCUGGCCAGCUUCCGUUUUGACUUGAAAUGUUCGUUUUGCGGCGGGAGCACCAGCCCACAAUGACACCCACCUGGGAGGGGUUUUGGUGUGCUCUGACUGGGGGGGGGGAGCACUUACCUUGCUACUGACCAUCAAAGUUGACAAUACAGUAUUGGCUGGAUGGAGGAACCUUACAGCAAAUAUGCAGCAGCAAAUUUCAGGAUUAUUAAUAGUGGCCACUUUGUCUUGAUCUUCAGAGCAUCCCUUUAGUGGCAUGGCUGCUUGCCAUGAAUGCUGACUGUGCAUGGAUGAUCAAAGGAAAACAACAACAAACAAGCCUGUGAUCAUGUAAAGCAUACUCAAUAAACACACGAGACGUAACCGGCAGUGUUCUUAGGGAUUAAAUUAUUUUUUACAUAUUCAGUUAACGCUGCUGCGUGCAUUUCUAAACAUACUUUUUGUUUUGACAAACUAAGUAACGAAGGCAGGAGGUGUCUCAGUCACCUAUAUGCAAGUGCAUGGUUGCUGGCUGACUGGCAGCCCCCACCAAUGUCAGCAUUCUGCACCUGGGGUUCCUAGCUAAUAUGCCACCAUGGUGCUGAAUGAGACAGCCUCUGCCUCUCUCGCAAGCUCCUGAAUGUUUCUGGUAAUGAUUGAUUUCCCUCCUUGGAUUGCUCUGGUGAGUCUAGCAAGCCAGUACUGGAUAUUACAGAACCACCAGACAUCUCCAGGACUCCCACUUCUCUCAAGCAAACUGACUGUGCAAAGCUACACUGGGACCUCCCAUAGUUGAAGGAAUUGAAAGCACAACAUUAUUUAUUCCCCCUUCCCACUUAGUAAGGUUGUGUGAUAUGGCAACACAGAAGCCAAUUUCCAGCGCUACAGUAGUGGAGUCCUUCUGUUGAUUUUGGUUAGAUAUGAUUGAGAAAGCAAAAGCUUAAUUUUUCAGAACAGUGGUCCAUCCAUCACUCUUAACAAAGACUUUGUUUAUAUGAAUACUCUGUGCCUGGCCAUUUCCCCUGCCCCUCCACCAAAUCAGCAUUUGAAGCUAUGGAGCUGAUCCAGAUUAGAAACCUAGGAGCAUGACUCAAAGCACGCCUAAGAAAACAGUGACCUAGUCAGAGCCAGCAAUCCAAAAGCCAGUGCUUGGAUCCAGGGUAGACCAUGCGCCAACUAUUAAGCCAGGUAGCUCUGAUUCUUGACAUGCACCCACAGACACACUGCUUGCUACUGAAGCCAAACAAAAUAGAAAAUGAGUUGUGCACAGUAAAUGAAGGAUUCUACAAGUGUGAUGUGGGUGGGUGGGGUGUCAGUUCAAUGAGCAUAGAAGAGGAUUAGCCAAAUUCAUGGAAGCGAGAUCUAUCGAUGGCUAUUAGCAAUCACGGAUAAAUAGAGCUUCCAUGUUCAGAAGCAGUAUUCAGAGAAAAAGAUACUGCCUCUAUGCCUGGGUUCUGGGCUUUCUGACAGCAUCUAACUGGCCAUUAUGGGAAAUAGGAUUCUGGACCAGAAUCUUAAGUCUAUCCCAGCAGCAUUCUUAAUGUUCUUAAGUUACAGAGGCAAAUAUAUGCAUAAAUGAAGCUGACCAAAGUUAUUUUAUGGCCCAUAUAACGUGGCUUUAGUAUAUAUGCUGCUGCUGCCGCCACCGCUGCACUUUCCCCCAUCUUGCUAUUCUGUUGAGUCAUUGCUAGCCAAACCAUGCUAUGGCAGUACAAUAAAUGUGUCCUCGGCUCCAACACCUUCUGGGCUCAUGUACCCUCUUCUCUCCCUAUGCCUUCCCCUCAUGUGCUUGAGCCUCUCCCUCUGUAGUUUGAGGCAAAUUUAGGGCCACCCCUAGGUUUAUUGUAAUACUGUGCAUGGUUUUUUUUUUAAAAAAUAUAUAUAAAUGGUUUAGCUAUUUUCUGUUGUGGGUGUUACUGUUAGCCACCUUGGGCAUUUUUAAUGGAGAGUUUGAGUAUAAGUGUACCGUAAUAAAAAAUAUUCAUUUAUUGUUUAAUUUACAUCACACCCCUUUUAAAGUGAGGGUGUUAUUGCUACUGAGGCUGGGCUGUAGUUGCCUCACGAAGAAGCACUGAGUCUCCAGGCCCAGUAAAGAAGCACAGAGUUUAAUACAACGGAACUUCAGUUACCUUUGCGUACAGUGGAUUUGCAAAACUUUUAAGGCAGCAAAACAAGGGACAGUUCUUUCUCUCAUCGCUUCCUUUUUCUAUUUCUUACAGUAUGAACAGAACACAUUGCUCAGCCCAUUAUCCAAUGGAAAUUGCCAUGGUGAGUUUAUCAUUUAAGACAUAAACACUUGGCGGGCCUUUAGAUUACCCCCAUCAUAUUCCAGGACCCAUGUCAGUUAAAGUUUGAUCAGGAAUCAAACUUAUCUCACUGCCCCACAUACCUUCCCUUUGACAUGGCAGGAGGUGAAGGGUCUGAAGAUUGUGAAUGUAUUGGAAUGAGUGUGCUGAUGUAACUAGGUGUUCGAAAUGUGUUGUAAAAUAAACAUGUGGGGCAUUUAUCAAAUGUAGGUGAUCUAGAUUUCCAGGUUUGCACCACUUUGGAGAUCAGUGGAAUACCAUAAAAUUAUAUGAUUGGGCCAUAUUUCUCCCCCCCGGUUCUUUAUUGCUUUAGAAUCUAAAGUUCAAAUGAAUACACUUGCCUGUCGGCAUUGCACCUUUGCACUACAAAAGCUCCAAAUUGUGGUGUUGUGCCUUCUUUGAGAGCUUUGUUCUCAAUUUUCCGCACGCCAGUCGCAGAGAGCUGUUUGUGUGUGCUGUGACUGCAAGACCCAGGACCCAAAACCAAAGCAAGAGCUUCCCAUUACAUGCAGGGCUUCUCUUGAGUGCAAGACCUAAGAGAUGGCAAUGGAGAAGGUAGCAUGAAUGUGCCUGAUGCUUACACGUCCGGGCAAGGAGCAUGAUGUGAUGUCACUUAGAAUCACCCAGAAGGCUAGAGGCAGGCAGGCAUGAGUUCUGUAGGAUGUACACAAAUGGCUGCCAGCUAGGAGGUGAAAGGGAAGACCUUUCCUGAUGCCUGACUGGCCAAAGGGUGGUUAACAGGGUCGAAGAUGACUUUCCUGGAGCUCAAGUAUGGUGAGAGCCAGUAUGGUGUAGUGGUUAAGAGCGGUAGAUUUGUAAUCUGGUGAACCGGGUUCGCGUCUCCGCUCCUUCACAUGCAGCUGCUGGGUGACCUUGGGCUAGUCACACUUCUUUGAAAUCUCUCAGCCCCACUCACCUCACAGAGUGUUUGUUGUGGGGGAGGAAGGGAAAGGAGAAUGUUAGCCGCUUUGAGACUCCUUAGGGUAGUGAUAAAGCGGGAUAUCAAAUCCAAACUACUCUUCUUCUUCUUCUUCUUCUUCUUCUUCUUCUUCUUCUUCUUCUUCUUCUUCUUCUUCUUCUUCUUCUUCUUCUUGAACCAGCUCAUUAUCUCCCAUCUAUGCCAUACAUUCAAAGUAUCUAGCUACUUUUAACAAUCAUGGUCAUCCCGCCCCCCCGCCCAGAAUCCUGGGAAGCAAAGUUUGUUAAAGGUACAGUGGUACCUCGGGUUACAAACGCUUCAGGUUACAUACGCUUCAGGUUACAGACUCUGCUAACCCAGAAAUAGUACCUCCGGUUAAGAACUUUGCUUCAGGAGAAGAACAGAAAUUGUGUAGCGGCGGCAUGGCGGCAGCGGGAGGCCCCAUUAGCUAAAGUGGUGCUUCAGAUUAAGAACAGUUUCAGGUUAAGAAUGGACCUCCAGAACGAAUUAAGUUCUUAAACUGAGGUACCACUGUACUGAAAGUUCUUAGGAGACCCCCCCCUUUUCUUCUUACAGAGCUCCAGUUCCCAAAGUUCCUUGGGAGGUGGGACUGAUUGUUAAACCACUGUGGCAGCUCUGUGAGGGGAAUCACAGAACUGUAGAGUUGGAAGGGACCCAAGGGUAAUCUAGUCCAGCCCUCUGCAAUGCAGUAAUCAGAGUCCUGGUCUUCCAACUGCCACCCCCUUUCACCUCUGGACAAGAGACUCAGAACAGCAUGCCAUGUUGCACCCCCCCCCCCAGGGGGAGGUCUUCUAACAACCCUCAGGACCCUUAGCAAACUAUAAUUCCCAGGAUUGUUUGGGAGAAGCCAGGACUGUUUAAAUUGGUAUACUGCUUUAAAUGUAUAGUGAAAAUGGAAGCUUAGCUUGGCAGAGCAGGCUGUCUCUUACUGGGCCUAGAAGAAUCUGUCUGUUUCAGUUUCUCAUUUUUAUAGUCUUAUGUUCUCAUCUCAACUAUUCUGCAUCAGUUUUCUGUUUCUUUUUUUUUUUUUAAAAAAAGGCUUCCCUUAAAUUAAUCAGUAUUUUGUUUAUUUUAUAAAAUGUGUAUUCCACUUGAUUGUAAAAACAAAGCAAAACCUAAAGCUGUUUACAAAAAAACUCUCAUUUUACUGCUCAUUCCUCCCAAUUUACAUUUUAUAUGCAUUUUUACUCGAUAAACACAUUUUUUCAACCACUUUCUCCUACAAUACUGCAUUUUGAAUGUUAUCUUCUCUCAUAUAUGCAUGUUAUAUACACAUUUCUGCACACAUUAUUUGGUUGGAGAACUGAAUUUUUAAAGUUGAAGAAGUAGCUACAUUUGAGCUUGCAUAUUAUUUGGGGAAAGUGGAAAUUAAGUAGUUUUCAUUAAAAUGCAAACUCAGCAAAUUCUUCCCCAUCUCUUGUUCCAUGUAUUGACUUUUUCAUUUAAUUGGGAUGCUAAGGUGGGGCCCAGGAGGCUUUUUAAAUACAAAAUAAUCCUUUAUGAAUGAUUUUAGAGUGUUGUUUGUGCUGUACUUUUGUACUGUUUUAUUGUUGUUAGCCACCCUGAGCCCGGCUUCGGCUGGGGAGGGCGGGAUAUAAAUAAAAUUUAUUAUUAUUAUUAUUAUUAUUAUUAUUAUUAUUAUUUAACUCACUCCCCAUUGAAUUCCAUGUCCAAAGAUUGUGUUUCACGACAAAGUAAGAUACAAACAUUGUGAACUUUAUGUGAUAAAAAAACCUAUUAAUAAACCUAUAAGACGCCCCCAUGUAUAAGACACCCCCUAUUUUGGGGGACCCCAAUUUAAGAAAAUGAGGGGAGAUACUAUCCAUGUAUAAGACCAGCCCAGAUUUUGAACAUUAUUUUAGAGUAAAAAACCACAGUCUUAUACAUGGAAAAGUACCAUAUUGUGGGGCAAUGUGACCACCUGGAGACGUUGAAAUGCCAGCAAUGUUUUUUUUUCUAUUCAGGUAAAUCAGUAACUACAAGGUAAAACAAAUACUGGAGAAUUUUCCAAGCUUUUGAUGUAUUCUCCCAUAAUUCCUGAUCUUUCAUUAUCUCUCUGGGGCAAAGAUUUUCUUUUACUCUUUGACAUUUUUGAAUGGGCUGUGGAGAGGAUUUCAUUAAAGGCCUAGCAGCUCUCUUGAGUCUAUUUUUAGUUACUGUCUGGCUGGAGUUUACUUUCUUUGAUAUUGAUUUCUCUUUUGCUCUAUUUGGAAAACAUUAUGCAUAUACAAUUAAAUAAUCCAAUAAACCUCAAGAACUGCAAACGAAAAAAAAGCACCAAAUCUUUGGCUACUUAUUGAGAGGAUUUAGUGCCAAUGUAAAUCCAUACAUUGUUAGCACCUAAGUCCCUUGAAGAAUUUCUGAGCCCUUUAUAUUCUUUGUCAAAACUAUUUAGUUUAAACCGUUUCAUUUUGUAUCUCCAUCCUUUUGUUUAGUGCUUUGUAGUUUAUAACUUAGAAGGUUAGUUCUCUUCCAAUAUUUAACAGAAGAAAGCAAAUGAUACUUGUGUCCUGUAGGCCAGAUCCCUGUAAUGGGGUGGAAAGCAAAUACUGUGGUUUGUAGCUCGGGCAGUGCAAAGUUACUAUCCUAUCAGUGUAAGGAUUUCGACUUCUGCAGCAGGACCCCCCACCAUACACCCCCUAAAUAUUUUUUGGGGUUUCCCCCAACCAUCUGAAGCAGAUUUGAGGAGGGGGCAGACUUUGGGCUGCAGGAAGGAAGAGGGGAGAAGUUCUGCCUUGCAAGUGGAAAUCCUUAUGCUCAUGGGAUGGUUAUUUAGCACUGCCUGUGAAUCUGUUUCUUUGAGGUUGCUAUGGGACAUUUUUAGAAACAGUAACUUUAGCAUAUGUUUUUAGAAAGCUCACAUUAUUAUGAGAAGCAUCAAGUGUUUAAAGAUACUUAGUGGUUAACCACCUGCUAACUGAAUUGAGCAACUACCUAGUGAAGUGGAUGCUUUAUGGAUGCUUUAGCCGAGAUUCCUGCAUUUACGGGGGUUGGACUAGAUGACCCUUGGAUCCCUUCCAGCUCUAAGACUCUAAGUUUGCCUAUUGGAAAGCAUCUAUGAAGCUGUUCCCUUUACAUUCCAUGAAGAGACAGUUGCGCUCAAACUUGCCAUCAGUUCCCCUAAUAGAAAAUUUGGGUGGUAAGUGUUGACAGAAAUUGAAUCAAAAUCCAGGAGGUCCUCACAAAACAUGGGAGGAAUUUUGAAGGAAGCUAAACAACUUCUAUGGACGCGGGUGGCGCUGUGGGUUAAACCACAGAGCCUUGGACUUGCCGAUCAGAAGGUUGGUGGUUCGAAUCCCUGCAACAGGGUGAGCUCCCGUUGUUCGGUCCCUGCUCCUGCCAACCUAGCAGUUCGAAAGCACGUCAAAGUGCAAGUAGAUAAAUAGGUACCGCUCCGGCAGGAAGGUAAAUGGCGUUUCCAUGUGCUGCUCUGGUUCACCAGAAGCAGCUUAGUCAUGCUGGCCACAUGUAUGCCGGCUGUAUGCCGGCUCCCUCGGCCAAUAAAGUGAGAUGAGCACCGCAACCCCAGAGUCGAUCAUGAUUGGACCUAAUGGUCAGGGACCCCUUUACCUUUACUAAAGAACUUCACUAAAAGUGGAAUUAUUAUUUAUUUUAAGGAACUAGCAAGGCUUUUCCGUAAAGCUCUCUGGGAAUCUGAUAAAGAACGGAAACCAUAAAAUAUACUGUUAAACCACCAUAGGGAGGGCACGGGGCUUCAUUUCUGGUCUUUUCAGCUUCUCUCCAGUCAUGUCUAGGAACAUAGGAAGCUGUCUCAUCCCACAUCAGACCAAUAGUGCAUCUAGCUCAUUCAUGUCAACAUGGACUGGCAGUAGCUCUCCAGAACCUCAGGCAGGAGCCUCUUCGUCUUACCUGGAGAUGCUAGGGAUUGAAUCUGGGGCCUUCAGCACACAGAGCAUGUGAGGGAGUUGGGUAUGAUUAGCCUAGAGAAGAGAAGACUGAAAAGUGAUAUGAUAAUCAUCUUCAACUGUCUAAAGGGUUGUCACAUGGAAGAUGGAGCAAGCUGCUUUUCUGGUACUACUCCAGAGGCUAGGACCCGAACCAUUGGGUUCCAAUGACAAGGAGAUUCUGACUAACAUUAGGAAGAACUUUAUAACAGUAAGAGCUCUUCAACAGUGGAAUAGACUAUCUUGGAAGCUGGUGGAGAUUUUUAAGCAGAGCUUGGAUAGCAAUCUGCCAUGGAUUCUUUAGUUGUGAUUCCUGCAUUGCAGGGGGUUGGACGAGAUGACCUCUGGGCUUCCCAGCUCUACAAUUCUACAAUUCCACAUAGAAAUCCCCACUUAUUUCAGAUUGAUACCGCAUCUGUCUGUAGCCCACAAAUAAAAUAAAUAAAUAACAGACCUUUUAACUAACCAUAUAGGUGAACCAUCGUUACAGCAACGGCCCAGCGAAAGGCAUUCCCUAAUACUUGACUGCAGUGGCCUGACUUUCUUUGACUACACUGGCAUCUCUGUGCUUACUCAGGUAUUUAUGAUUCCCCACGUUCAUUUUAUUGUAUCCACACUAUUCUAUAGUGUCACUGUAUUCUGCCUUGGUCAGACCCCCACCUAGAGUACUGUGCCCAAUUCUAGGUAGAACUAUUAAUAAGGAUAUUGACAAGCUGGACUGUGUGCAGAGGAAGGAGACCAAGAAGCUUUAUGAGGAAGGAUUGAGGAAAUUGGGUGUGUUUAGCCUGGAGAGGAUAAGACAAAGGUGAUAUGAUAGCCAUCUUAAAGGGCUGUCACAUGGAAGAUGGAGCAAGGACGUUUUCUGUUGCUCCAGAGGGUAGGACCCAAACCAAUUAAUUCAUAUUAUAAGAAAGGGAUUCCGACAAAACAUUAGGAAGAGCUGUGUGACUCAGGAGCAGACUACCUUGGAAGGUGGUGAACUCUCCUUCAUCAGAAUUUUUUGAACAGAGGGGUCUUUAGCUGUGAUUCCUGCAUUGUAGAAGGUUGGACUGGAUUGCCCUUGGGGAUCCCUCCACUAUAGUUAUAUGAUUCUAUACACCUACCUGUGUGUGUGUGUGUGUGUGUGUGUGUGUGUGUGCUCUGUGGAUGAAUCUCCCACUCAUUCUACUCCCAGUUACGCGUUCCAACAAGUUUACUGCUGGCAUAAUCUAGGAUAGCAGGCGGCCUCCUAAACAUUCACUCCUCCUUCAAGAAUAUCACAACUGUCUAAUGCAGAAUGCAUUGAUGGUUGCAGAAUGGGCACGAAUCUUUGUGCUGUUCCUUUAAAAAAAAUUUUUUUUUAGACCAAAUUCAUACAUCCACACUUGUAGCUUGAUGGCUGCAGCAUCAAGUGAUGACUUGCAUGUGGGUUAUAAGCCCUCAGAGGUCAAUCACCAUCUAAUUCCACUCCUUUGUCAUUUCAAACACAAUACUUCCCAAUGGUGUAAUCUCCAAACUGUAAGUCAUCUUGUGAAAUUAACUGACCUACACGUACGUGGGAAUAAGAUCCCAGCCUGGAAACUAUUUGCCUCCCCUAUCUUUUCCUAUAGGGUCCUAUGUUUACUUUCUAGUUGUCCCUUUUUUUCUAGGAAGUUUCCUCUCAGACAAGUCCGCCCCCCCCCCACUUGACCAAAUGCAGAUUGCUUCUUUUUUCACCUUUUCCCGGAAACUGCCCCUCCUUCCCGAUAAAGAUGACCGUCCUAUCCAAAGCCUUUAGCUGUCCUUCUCUGUUAACAAUCGGAUACUUUACGGAGUAGCAAAACAAGUGUUCAGAAGUCAUGAGUCAAACAUGCAAGUAUUAUCAUAAGAGAGAAAAGGGUCAGAGAACCAGAGUAGUCACAGCAUAUGUGACUGGACAUUGCUUUUGUGGACAUUGCACUCAUCAAACUUAAUAGAAAUCAUUGACCAGGUGGGACAGGCAGGAUUUGCCCUUAAGCCGGGGUGGGAAACCUUUUUGGCCCAUUGGGACAGAUCUUUAUCUACCCCCCACCCCAGCGGGCCAACUUGGACAAAUGGGGGGCAUCACCCACUUGCCAGUCUCCUUUGAAGUAUUAUCCUACUGGAACUAUUCCAUUUUUCUUUCACAAUAGCCAGUGAGUCGGUGGAGGUGAGCUGGAUUGGGAGGGGAGAGGGACUUUAGACAUUUGCUCCUGUGUUCCCAAUCCAGAUAUCCCCCUGUGCCUGCUAUGCGCAUGGAAAAAAGCUCCCUGUGCAAAUGGACACAGGGUUAGAUCUAUCCAGAUAGGAAUCAAACGGGUCAAAAGAUUUAAGCAUCCCCUGACACCCCCAGCCCUGCUUAGUUUUGUGUGUGUUGGCUAUUUGUGAAAGAAAAAUAUUGCACUCAAACCACAUGAAUAACAUCACAUGCCUUUAGUCCUAGAUCAAAUAGAUCAUUUCACAUUGCUUUUUAAGAUUACUUAGAAGAAAGCAGAUGCCAUAUGCUUCUUUUGUAUUAGGGCUUCACGGAGGGGCAAAGACCAAAAGCUGCUUCUUUGAGAUCCAGUGGCACUAAAGGGUUUUAGAAACCUUAAUCUCUAGCUGCUACACCCCAGUUGGAAAACAGGCUUUUGCUUUAGGAAUGAAUGCAAACUUGGGCCACUGUACAUUCAACGCUUAAAAACCGUACUGAUAUUGUGACCGACAUAGGUUUAAUAUUUGCAUUACGUUUUAAGGAAAAAACGCUGAAGCCACAGUGUUACUGUUAGGACCCUUUAUCCACGUGACAUAGCAAAGUGCAUGUGAGCUUGCCCUGUGCUGCAUGUGUCAUGGACUAAGGGAAGAGGGCAGGAGAUGCAUCAAAUAUAUGCUCUGGUCUGUGCUCUGUUUGCAUUUGCAUCAUGGUCAAAAUAAGCUCAGACCAGUUGCAUUGAUGGCAGCAGGGAUGGGCUCUUGCCUUCUUGCCAUGCUUGUGGCCUUCCUGGAGGCAACUGGCCAGUCUUUGAGGGGAACAUAAUACUGGACUCGAUGGAACUUAAGCAGAAUCCUCCUGGAUCACAGCAGUGUUUGUCCUUACAAUGUGGCAUUGAGGCUUACCAUUUCAUACCACAAAACCUUAAUGGAUUUUAGCUUUUAGGGGGAUGUUUAUAUUAUGGAACAGUUCCCUCUGCUGGACACUUGCAAUUCAGCAUGUAUGUUUUUUGCUAAGUAUUAUUUAGGCUAGGCACACAUAAUUCAUUUAAAGCAACCCCACCCCUCAAGAAUCCUGGGAACUACAGCUUGUUAUGGGUACUGAGAACCAUAGCUCUGUGAGGGAUAAAUCACAAUUCCUAACUUAUUUGGAGGGGAAUGUGCUUUAAACAUGUUUUAAAGAUAUGGGGUGUACCUGUUUCUUACUGAAUGACAUCUUUCCUGAGCCAAAAGUGGGCCUUGCUAAUUUGUGUUAAAUUCAUUUAUAUGAAAUAAUGAAAGCAGCAACAACCAGGUGACAAAAUCUAAAACAGAGAAGGAGGAGGGGGAGCAUCAUUUCAUCUGAAUGUGAUACUUCAGCAUCUUUAGUAAGGUGGUUUAAAUAUUUGGAUUCUUUUAGAUCUACACGGAAUCUAAAAAAAGAAACAUCGAUGUUUUACUGGCAGAUUGCAAAGGCAAGUAUCAGUUUUUGGUGAGCAUAAAUUUUAAAAAUUAACUUUCCCGGGUGUCGUUCCUCUCUUUUAAAGUGCGCACAUUCCUGUCUUACUACAGCUUCCUUGAUAAAGGCUUUGAAGCUCAGCGGAAAGCUGGAAUCCGAGAAUGCCAUCUUCUUUGAAUCGGUGUCAUCAGCUGUUGGUGCCAUUCAGUUGAACAAGGUGAGUCUCGCUGCACGAGAACAGAAGACGAUAAGAGAGCUAUCAUGAUUUUCUACCUCACUCAAAUUCCCUCUGCAAAGUGGCCAAUCAAAUGUCUGUGGGAAAUUCACAAACAGGGUGAGAUGGUUAUCUCUGUACCUUGUUCUUCAUCUUCAGCACCCAGCAGUCAGGAGGGGUACUUUUUUCUGCAUUUCUGGCAUUUGCUGUUCACUACCCCAGUGCAAAAUAUUCCUCUAUGCAUCUUUUUUUUAAAAAAGCCAGUCACAGUAACCAGCAGCAAUGACGUUCAUAGGUGAAUUAUGGGCUAUGUCAUAAAGUAUUUCCUUUUGUUUUUUUUACCUGCUAAUUUCACUGGCUGACCUGAGAUCUUAUGCCUUGAAAGAGGUGAGUCAUGCUUUUCCUAUUUACUCUGUCCAGGGCACUCUUAGUCUGAUAUAGGGUUAUAAAGUGGUGCCCUCUAUAUGGUUCUGGACUACAAUUCCCAUGAUCUCUGACAAUACUGAUUGCGGCUGAUGGGAGAUAUAGUUCACAAGCACCUGGAGGGUGCCACGUUGACUACUCCUACCCUAUAGCAUGCCCCCUCAGCCCUAAAGACAUAUGACAAGGGACUUAGCUUAGUGGUAGUGCAUCUGCUUUGAAUGCAAAAAGUCCCACUUUCAAUUCCAGAUGGGUCUUGAAAUGUCCCCUGCCCGAAAUCCUGGAAAGCUGCUGUCACUCAGGGUGGACAAUACUGAGCUACAUGGGCCAGUGGUUUGAUUUAGUAUAAGGCAGCUUCCUGUGUUCCUUUCUUCUUUUCUAAGCUAAACAGCCCCUUGACCUCCCUGUUUAACCUAUAGUAGCCAUUUCAUUUUAAAAAUCAGUGCGUGCACAUGUGUGUGUGCAACAACAUGAACAGCAGGUAGUUGGAAGCAACAAUAUACAGCGGUAGUGAGGGUCAUCUACUGUGGUGUGAUUGUCCAUUCCUGCUUGCAUUCAUUCAUGGCUGCCUACACCUGCCUAAGUCCAGCCUCACCCUUGCAGCCUCUGUUGAGGCGAUAUUAUACGACACAGCUCAGGGGUAUUUGGAUUGGAACCAACGUUAUUAUAUAAACUCUGUUUCCACAUUUGUGGUUUCAAAGGGCGCAGACUUGCUUAUAGCGUAAACUCAUGCAAGAUUCUCCACUGUAACUGUUAUUAAACCAUGUUCAGGCAGCGCAUGGAGUUUUGGCUUUCCAUUGUUUUAUGCAUGACUACAGCAUUGGCUGGGGUCCAAGACAGAGUCCCCUCCAAGACAGAUUAAAGUUAAAACUAGUCAAUAAGCUGUUGUUUUCUGUUUCUUUGCCCUCCCCUCCCCUAUUACCGUGAAUAGGCACAUUCUGCUAAUUCAAUUAGAAAAGUCUUCUUCCUCAUUUUCUUCCAACAUCGCUUUAGGCUGAUUGACUAAAAGCUAAGGAAAACUGGCGGUGUUUGUCGAGCAAAAUGCCGAAGAGGGGAAAUGCAGUAUUUUAGCUAUUUGAAACUUACGCUCUCUUUGAGAGCCAGUGUGGUGUAGUGGUUAAGAGCGGUAGUCUUGUAAUCUGGGGAACCGGGUUCGCGUCUCCGCUCCUCCACAUGCAGCUGCUGGGUGACCUUGGGCUAGUCACACUUCUCUGAAGUCUCUCAGCCCCACUCACCUCACAGAGUGUUUGUUGUGGGGGAGGAAGGGAAAGGAGAAUGUUAGCCGCUUUGAGACUCCUUAAAGGGAGUGAAAGGCGGGAUAUCAAAUCCAAACUCUUCUUCUUCUUUGAUUUAGUUUUUACAUAUUUAUGGGACAAGCAAGAUGUGUUGGGGGGAAUUUUUCCCUCACAGCUGUUGUAGUUAAAGUGUGCAAGUAGGUUCCACACACAGAGAGUUCUUCCUUCACCUUGGCUUCAGUAAACAAACAACUCGCAGCUUUGCCCAAAGUGUGGUGGCCAGGUUCGAAGGUGCCUUGGGCAAGAUGCUCUCCUCAGUACCAUCCUGAUGGGCUCCCCCCAUUCACAAACUUGCCAGGUUGCACCAAAGAGCAGGAAAUAUUGGAUGGUAUCACACAGCCCUGGGCUGAGAACAAAUGCUGGGGGAAAUGGUUGUAGCUAUCACCACUAUCUUAAUUUCUCUAGAUGGCCUUUGGACUUCUUUUCAGAGUGCUGUAAAAAAAAAAAGCAUUUUAAACAAAAACAAAUUAAGUAUAAGGAAGCCAAUGUCAGCAGUGGUGGACUCUUCAAGCCCAUUGGCUCCUCCAUGCAAGUGCUGACACUGGGCUUGGUUUCAGACCACCUGUUUGCAGUGGCUUCCUCUCACUUGGUGGCCCUAGAGAUCAUGACUCAUUGGGUGAAAAAUGAAUUUUCUGAAGCUUCCCUUAGUAUCAAAGGAAAAAUCAAACAGUGGUUCAGCAGGUUCUUUCUAUCCUAGUGCUGGAACUAGCCAACACGCCCUCAAGUCCUUGGGUUCAGCACUCCAUCCAGAUUAGCCCCUGCAAUCCAAACUGCUGCAUUAUUGUCAGGGAUUCCAGGUCUCAAGCUAAGGUUUGAGACCUAGCCUAGUGAGCAGACACAGUGCCAGUACACAGAAUCCUUGGGCAAAUAUAAACUCUGGCAAAUGACAGCGUUAAUGCUCGGGUGGCCAGCAUAGUACCCACCAGAAGUUGUUGGACUACAAUUCCCAUAAUUCCUCACAACUGACUGUGCUAGCAGGGGGCUGGUGGGAGGUGCAGGUCCGACACCAUCUGGACUGUGCCAGUCUACGUUUAAUGUGUGCUAGUGUGUUUAACGUGGAUUCCGUGAGACAAAUGAGUCCUUCUCCACGAAGCUAAGAAGUCAUUACCUCUCAACAUAACACUCCCAUGAAACGCCAGGUUUGCAUUACUAGCAGUGGUGGUCUUGUGAAUUUUGGUGCCUGUGUUAUACUACGAUAACCUUCUUAGAACAGCAGGAUAUGUGCUUCUCACAUGUGCCAAAGUGGAUGUUUUAUCUAUAUAGCUGACUCUUACAUGUGUUAAAUGCCACAUAUGUAUUAACUUAAACUAAUUUUCUCUGAUGUGGGUUGAUGUUGAUUUUAGAGGGUUAAUUGUCCACAGAUUGUUCCAAUAUGCUGCUUCAAUUGCUAUGGCUAGGUCCAUUUCCCAAUUUUGUUUAAUAACCAAGUUAAUAGUCCAAUGGCUAGAUCAGUGAGUAUUUUAUAUAAAAUUGAUAGCAUUUUUUUGGAUGUUCAGAAUCAUUCGUUCAAAUGGUGUCAUUGUUCUAAUUCGCUUGAGAUUUAACUGUUGAAUUUGAGACACAAUGCAUCACCUGAUAGCCAAUUCACCCAGCAUCCCUCCAUUCUUUCCAUGAUCUGCCCUGCUGUGAGAGAAGUGUCAUUUUCAUAAAAGUGAAUCAAGUGGUACAAGCCUUUUCUUUUCCCUUCAUACCAAUCAGUUUUCUAUCAGGUUUGUAAAAGGAUGGGAAACGUGAUGCAAUGUGAAGGGAAUCGAUAGUGAUAAGGGGGUGUUAAUUUCUACAUCUAGGAUUGCCAGAUCUUUAAUUCUGCUUUUGCAAAUGGGUUUGUUAUCAUAUCUAAGAUAGUUCGGUUAUGAAUCAAGAAUGGGAUGCCUGGUAUUCUGUAUUGCACAGGUUUCUCAAAUUCCAGUUCUGUCUAGAUCUUCUCUUUUACAUUACAUAUCAUACUAAUGACAUUUUGUAUAUGGACCACAUCAUGGUAUCUUUGCAAAUGUGGUAGACUCUUGUACCACUUCUGGAAAUGUUGAUACAAUACAGUUACUCACAGUCUAGGUCUCUCGCCCUGGGUCUAUUUUCAUUGUUAAAUGCCUGGAUUGUUAAUGACUUACAUGCUAAUGCUUUCUAGAAAACUCUAGCUGUAGGGUGAAAUCUCCUUCUUCUUUCAAUUUUAGAAUUUCUGCAAGCUUAAUGAACACACUGAGGUCUGA